UUGCUGAGCGGUCCAGACCAAAAAUGGACCAGCAGAGCGGCGACUUUUGCCGAGCAAAGUGUGGGCAGCAAAGUUGCCUAACAGCCAGCCGCACUCACACCAAAAUCCGGGCUCAUACACACACUCUCUCGGGUUUAGAGCCAGGUAACUCUUGGUAAUACAGGUAACCACCACUGGGGCUCGCGAUCGGCGGCUCAAGCUCCGCACAUUCAGUUCGUUUUCAGCGCGCGUGCGGUGCGGUUCUCUGCCAAGUGGUCUUCUCUCUGGACAGUGUGUUAAGUGUUAAGUUGCUGAGCUCCAGCAAUCCGGAUAGAUCAUCUGAGCGGAGAUCGUUGCCUUAUUUGAAUAGGCGGGGAAUCUAACAUCCAUCGCCUAAUUGCAGUGAAAGUUGCCGGGCAUUUUUCAGCUAUUUUACCCUGUGAAAAUUCCGAAAAACCAAACGCGCGCAAAGCAAUCCAAAGUGUUUAAAAGAAAAGCGUUAAAUAUUGUUAAGUACAACAAUACGUUUAAAUAAAAAAUAUUCCAGUGUCUGUGAGUCUGCCAAAGCCGUCGCGCAUUGUGUGUGUGUGUGUAUUUCUGCGCUUUUGACGGCAAAUCGCUUUUGGCAGCUGCUUUGGCAGCAGCCAAGUAAGAAACAAGGCUUUUUUGCUGGCAUCGAUCUUCGUUGGCAGCUGUUGGCAGUAUGAACUGAUUUUGGCCGAAAGUUGAUGAAUAAAAUGCAAAAAUGAAAAUAUUUUUGCCACUAGUCACGUGGAUAGUGCUACUACUCUCGAGUGCAGUACAUUCACAAUAUUCACAACAACCGCAACCAUUCAAGACGAACUUGAGGGCGAAUAGUCGGUUUCGCGGCGAGGUCUUCUACCUGAACCUCGAGAAUGGCUACUUUGGCUGCCAAGUCAACGAGUCCACCGAAUAUUUGCAGCUAUUCAACCUAUCGAAACUAUGCGACGGUACCCAAGAUUGCUUCCUGGGUGCCGAUGAGUUGAGCAAAGAGCUCAAAUGCACAAAUGACUGUGAUAAGGAUGGCACCAAGUGCACACAUGGCGCGUGUUUGAACGGCGUCUGCCAUUGCAAUGACGGCUACGGCGGUUGCAAUUGCGUGGACAAAGAUGAGAACGAAUGCAAACAGCGGCCGUGCGACGUGUUCGCCCAUUGCACAAACACACUGGGCAGCUUCACGUGUACCUGCUUUCCGGGCUAUCGCGGCAAUGGCUUCCAUUGUGAAGACAUUGACGAAUGCCAAGAUCCCGCGAUAGCAGCGCGAUGCGUGGAGAACGCCGAGUGCUGCAACCUGCCGGCGCACUUCCUCUGCAAGUGCAAGGAUGGAUACGAGGGUGACGGCGAGGUUCUGUGCACGGAUGUGGACGAGUGCCGCAAUCCGGAGAACUGCGGGCCCAACGCCCUGUGCACCAACACGCCGGGCAAUUAUACAUGCUCCUGCCCGGAGGGCUAUGUGGGCAACAAUCCGUAUCGGGAGGGUUGCCAGGAUGUGGACGAGUGCUCGUACCCGAAUGUCUGCGGACCCGGUGCCAUAUGUACGAAUCUCGAGGGCAGUUAUCGCUGCGACUGCCCGCCGGGAUACGACGGCGAUGGACGCUCGGAGUCCGGUUGCGUGGACCAGGAUGAGUGCGCACGGACGCCCUGCGGCCGGAACGCGGAUUGUUUGAACACGGACGGCAGCUUCCGCUGCUUGUGUCCGGACGGCUACAGUGGUGAUCCCAUGCACGGCUGCGAGGAUGUCGAUGAAUGCGCCACUAACAAUCCAUGCGGUUUGGGUGCUGAAUGCGUGAACCUGGGCGGUAGCUUCCAGUGCCGCUGUCCCUCCGGCUUUGUCCUGGAGCACGAUCCGCACGCGGAUCAGUUGCCCCAGCUGCAGAACACCCAACAAUUGGGCUACGGGCCGGGGGCGACGGACGUGGUGCCCUAUGAAAGGACCUCGGGCGCCGGUCUGGCCUGCCUGGACAUCGAUGAGUGCAAUCAGCCGGACGGAGUGGCCAAGUGCGGCACCAAUGCCAAGUGCAUUAACUUCCCUGGCUCAUACCGCUGCCUAUGUCCCAGCGGAUUCCAAGGACAAGGCUAUUUGCACUGCGAGAACAUCAACGAGUGUCAGGAUAAUCCGUGUGGGGAGAAUGCGAUCUGCACGGACACCGUUGGCAGCUUCGUGUGCACCUGUAACCCGGACUAUACCGGUGAUCCGUUCCGUGGUUGUGUGGAUAUCGAUGAGUGUACCGCGUUGGAUAAGCCCUGUGGACAGCAUGCGGUAUGCGAAAAUACUGUUCCUGGCUACAAUUGCAAGUGCCCGCAGGGAUAUGAUGGCAAACCCGAUCCCAAGGUGGCCUGCGAACAGGUGGAUGUCAAUAUACUGUGCAGCAGUAACUUCGAUUGUACCAAUAAUGCGGAGUGCAUUGAGAAUCAGUGCUUCUGCUUGGAUGGCUUCGAACCCAUCGGAUCCAGUUGUGUGGACAUCGAUGAGUGUCGCACCCAUGCCGAGGUGUGUGGUCCCCAUGCCCAGUGCCUGAAUACGCCCGGAUCGUACGGCUGUGAAUGCGAGGCGGGAUAUGUGGGCAGUCCGCCAAGAAUGGCCUGCAAGCAGCCUUGCGAGGAUGUGCGAUGUGGAGCCCAUGCUUACUGCAAACCGGAUCAGAAUGAAGCCUACUGCGUGUGCGAGGAUGGAUGGACCUACAAUCCGAGCGAUGUCGCUGCUGGAUGUGUGGACAUUGAUGAGUGCGAUGCGAUGCAUGGACCUUUCGGAAGCUGUGGUCAGAAUGCCACGUGUACAAACAGUGCUGGAGGAUUUACGUGUGCCUGCCCACCUGGAUUCUCGGGAGAUCCGCACGCCAAAUGCGUCGAUGUCGAUGAGUGCCGAACAGGAGCCAGCAAGUGUGGAGCUGGUGCUGAAUGUGUGAACGUACCAGGUGGUGGAUACACCUGUCGCUGCCCCGUGAACACCAUUGCCGAUCCGGAUCCUAGUGUGAGAUGUGUUCCCAUUGUCAGCUGCUCCGCUAAUGAAGACUGCCCGGGUAACUCCAUCUGUGAUGCUACAAAGCGCUGCCUGUGUCCCGAACCAAAUAUUGGCAAUGACUGCCGUCAUCCCUGCGAAGCCCUCAAUUGUGGAGCACAUGCCCAGUGCAUGCUGGCCAAUGGACAGGCUCAGUGCAUGUGUGCUCCAGGAUACACAGGAAACUCUGCCCUUGCAGGCGGCUGCAACGACAUUGAUGAAUGUCGCGCAAAUCCCUGCGCAGAGAAGGCAAUCUGUUCGAAUACAGCCGGAGGCUAUCUUUGCCAGUGUCCGGGUGGAUCCAGUGGAGAUCCAUACCGCGAGGGAUGCAUUACCUCAAAGACGGUGGGCUGUUCUGAUGCCAAUCCUUGCGCGACUGGUGAGUCGUGCGUUCAAGACUCAUACACGGGCAACAGCGUGUGCAUUUGUCGACAGGGUUAUGAGCGAAAUCCCGAGAACGGCCAGUGCCAGGAUGUGGAUGAGUGCUCGGUGCAAAGGGGAAAACCCGCUUGUGGACUAAAUGCUCUCUGUAAGAAUUUGCCUGGUAGCUACGAGUGCCGUUGCCCACAGGGUCAUAACGGAAAUCCCUUCAUCAUGUGCGAGAUCUGCAAUACGCCGGAGUGCCAGUGUCAGUCGCCGUACAAGCUGGUUGGAAAUAGUUGUGUUCUGUCAGGAUGCUCCAGUGGACAGGCCUGUCCCAGCGGAGCUGAGUGCAUCUCCAUAGCUGGAGGUGUUAGUUACUGUGCCUGUCCCAAGGGCUACCAAACCCAACCGGAUGGAAGCUGUGUAGAUAUCGACGAGUGCGAAGAACGAGGCGCUCAAUUGUGUGCCUUUGGAGCUCAGUGCGUAAACAAGCCAGGAAGCUAUAGUUGCCACUGUCCCGAGGGUUACCAGGGAGAUGCCUACAACGGACUAUGUGCCCUCGCACAAAGGAAAUGCGCUGCCGACAGGGAGUGCGCUAGCAACGAAAAAUGCAUCCAGCCAGGAGAGUGUGUUUGCCCACCUCCCUAUUUCCUGGAUCCGCAGGACAACAACAAGUGCAAGAGUCCUUGCGAACGCUUCCCGUGUGGCAUCAAUGCCAAGUGUACGCCCUCAGAUCCUCCACAAUGUAUGUGCGAGGCUGGAUUCAAGGGAGAUCCACUGCUGGGAUGCACCGAUGAAGACGAGUGCUCCCAUCUCCCUUGUGCCUAUGGAGCCUACUGUGUGAACAAGAAGGGCGGCUACCAGUGCGUGUGCCCCAAGGAUUAUACAGGAGAUCCGUACAAGAGUGGCUGCAUCUUCGAGAGCGGCACACCGAAGAGCAAGUGUCUGAGCAACGAUGAUUGCGCCAGUAAUCUAGCCUGCUUGGAAGGUAGCUGCGUCAGCCCAUGCAGCAGUCUUCUGUGUGGAUCGAAUGCCUACUGUGAGACGGAGCAGCAUGCUGGCUGGUGUCGUUGCCGUGUGGGAUACGUCAAAAAUGGCGAUGGAGACUGCGUGUCGCAGUGCCAGGACGUGAUCUGCGGCGAUGGAGCUCUCUGCAUUCCAACCAGCGAGGGACCCACCUGUAAGUGCCCGCAAGGACAGCUCGGCAAUCCCUUCCCUGGCGGCAGCUGCAGCACGGAUCAGUGCUCAGCCGCCAGACCUUGUGGCGAGCGGCAGAUCUGCAUCAAUGGAAGAUGCAAGGAGCGCUGCGAGGGUGUGGUCUGUGGUAUUGGAGCCACCUGCGAUAGAAACAAUGGAAAGUGCAUCUGUGAGCCAAACUUUGUGGGUAAUCCCGACUUGAUCUGUAUGCCGCCCAUCGAGCAGGCCAAGUGCUCUCCAGGAUGUGGAGAGAACGCACACUGCGAGUACGGAUUGGGUCAGAGCCGAUGUGCCUGUAACCCAGGAACCUUUGGUAAUCCCUAUGAAGGCUGUGGAGCGCAGAGCAAGAACGUAUGCCAGCCGAAUAGCUGUGGACCCAAUGCCGAGUGCCGUGCUGUGGGCAACCACAUCUCCUGUGUUUGUCCACAGGGCUUCAGUGGUAAUCCCUACAUUGGCUGCCAGGAUGUGGAUGAGUGUGCCAACAAACCUUGUGGUCUAAAUGCCGCCUGUUUGAAUAGAGCAGGAGGAUUCGAGUGCUUGUGUCUGUCUGGACAUGCCGGAAAUCCCUACAGCAGUUGUCAACCCAUCGAGAGCAAGUUCUGCCAAGAUGCGAAUAAGUGCCAGUGCAAUGACCGAGUGGAGUGUCCCGAUGGCUACAGUUGCCAGAAAGGACAAUGCAAGAACCUAUGCUCCCAGGCUUCGUGUGGUCCAAGAGCCAUCUGCGAUGCCGGAAAUUGCAUCUGCCCCAUGGGCUACAUUGGAGAUCCCCACGACCAAGUGCAGGGUUGCAGCGUUCGCGGUCAGUGUGGCAAUGAUGCCGACUGCCUGCACUCUGAGAUCUGCUUCCAGUUAGGCAAGGGUCUGCGCAAAUGUGUGGACGCGUGCUCCAAGAUUCAGUGUGGACCCAAUGCUCUGUGCGUGUCCGAGGAUCAUCGAUCUUCAUGUAUAUGCUCUGACGGAUACUUCGGAAAUCCAAGCAACCUACAGGUGGGUUGCCAGCCGGAAAGAACAGUUCCCGAGGAAAAGGAUAAAUGUAAAUCGGAUCAGGACUGUAAUCGAGGAUAUGGUUGUCAAGCCAGCGUUAACGGCAUCAAGGAGUGCAUUAACCUGUGCUCCAAUGUCGUCUGCGGACCCAACGAGCUGUGCAAGAUUAACCCAGCUGGGCAUGCGAUUUGCAAUUGCGCCGAGAGCUAUGUCUGGAACCCAGUGGUCUCUUCCUGCGAAAAGCCUUCACUGCCAGACUGCACCAGUGACGCCAAUUGCCCAGAUGCAUCUGCCUGUCGACCGGAUGUCUUGGGAGUCCUUAAGUGCGUCGCCAUCUGCGAUGCCUUCACGUGCCCAGCCAACUCGGUUUGCCUAGCCCGUCAGCACCAGGGACGCUGUGAUUGUCUGAACGGUUUCGUGGGUAACCCCAACGACAGGAAUGGCUGCCAACCGGCCCAGAAACAUCACUGCAGAAACCACGCCGAGUGCCAGGAGUCCGAGGCCUGUAUUAAGGAUGAAUCUACCCAAACGCUUGGAUGUCGUCCAGCGUGUGAUACGGUGAAGUGUGGACCCCGUGCCGUUUGUGUCACCAACAAUCAUCAGGCGCAGUGUCAGUGUCCACCUGGUCCUUUCGCCGGUGAUCCAUACGAUCCAUUUAAUGGCUGCCAGAGUGUUCCUUGUGUUUACAACCACGACUGUCCACCCAGCCAGAUGUGCAACAGGAUGACACAUACAUGCUUCGAUGUGUGCGACGAGGAGUCCUGCGGUGACAAUGCCAUUUGCUUGGCUGAGGAUCAUAGAGCUGUCUGCCAGUGCCCGCCUGGAUUUAAGGGAGAUCCGUUACCGGAAGUGGCCUGCACCAAGCAGGGCGGUUGUGCCGCUGGAACUUGCCACCCCUCCGCCAUUUGCGAAGUCACUCCGGAAGGACCUGUCUGCAAGUGUCCGCCGCUUUUUGUCGGCGACCCAAAGUCGGGUGGCUGUCGUCCAGAUGGUCAGUGCCCGAAUGGAGACGCCGACUGCCCAGCUAACACCAUCUGCGCCGGCGGAAUGUGCCAGAAUCCCUGCGCCAACGCUUGCGGAUCGAAUGCUGAGUGCAAGGUGGUCAAUAGGAAACCCGUCUGCAGUUGUCCCCUGCGAUUCCAGCCUAUCUCUGAUACCGCCAAGGAUGGAUGUGCCCGGACCAUAUCUAAGUGCCUCACAGAUGUCGACUGCGGAGGAGCUCUAUGCUACAAUGGACAAUGCCGUAUUGCUUGCAGGAACAGCCAAGAUUGCUCCGAUGGCGAGAGCUGCUUGAAGAACGUCUGUGUGGUCGCCUGUCUGGAUCACAGUCAAUGCGCCAGUGGACUGGCCUGUGUUGAGGGCCACUGCACCAUCGGCUGUCGCAGCAACAAGGAGUGCAAGCAGGAUCAGUCUUGCAUUGAGAACAAGUGCCUGAAUCCUUGCCAGUCUGCCAACAGCUGUGGUCCAAAUGCCCUGUGCAGCAUUGAUCAGCACCAUAGCCAGUGCAGCUGUCCGGAAGGUUUCGAGGGCAACCCCACUCCGGAACAGGGAUGUGUUCGAGUUCCAGCUCCCUGCUUAGCCAGUAAUCAGUGUCCCAGCGGACACAUGUGCAUUGGAAAUCAAUGUAAUCUUCCCUGUACCAAAACCGCUUCCUGUGCAGUUGGAGAACGUUGCUAUCAACAAGUCUGCCGCAAGGUGUGCUAUACCAGCAACAACUGUUUGGCCGGAGAAAUCUGUAAUUCGGACAGGACGUGCCAGCCAGGAUGUGAUUCAGAUGCCGAUUGUCCACCCACCGAAUUGUGCCUGACCGGAAAGUGCAAGUGCGCCACCGGAUUUAUAGGCACACCCUUUGGAUGCUCGGAUAUUGAUGAGUGCACUGAACAGCCCUGCCAUGCCAGUGCUCGAUGCGAGAACCUUCCGGGAACCUAUCGUUGUGUAUGUCCCGAAGGAACAGUCGGCGAUGGGUACUCCCAACCGGGUUGCUCGCAGCCCAGGCAAUGCCACAAACCAGACGAUUGUGCCAAUAAUCUGGCCUGUAUACAUGGAAUGUGCACGGAUCCUUGCUUACAUACUGUUUGCGGCAUUAAUGCCAAUUGCCAGUCGGAAGGACACGAAGCUCUAUGCAGCUGUCCAGCUGGAUUCUUGGGAGACCCCAACGACACUGGAGUCGGAUGCUUUAAGGUGGAGUGCAUCGACCAUGUCGAUUGUGUAGAAGAUCGUGCCUGCGAUGCGGAAACCAAUCGAUGCAUUAAACCAUGUGACCUAACUAGUUGCGGAAAGGGCAGUUGCCAGGUGAAGGAUCACAAGGCGACAUGUGCCUGUCACGAAGGUUAUCAAUUGGUAAACGGAGUAUGUGAGGACAUCAACGAGUGUCUAUCGCAGCCAUGCCACAGCACAGCUUUUUGCAACAACCUUCCAGGAACCUACACUUGCCAGUGCCCGGAGGGAUUGAUCGGAGAUCCCCUGCAGGCCGGUUGUCGGGAUCCCAAUGAGUGUUUGAGUGAUGCGGACUGUCCUGCCUCAGCUAGUUGCCAAAACUCCCGAUGCCGUAGUCCUUGCGAGCGGCAGAAUGCUUGUGGAUUGAAUGCCAACUGCCAGGCGCAGUCCCAUCAAGCCAUUUGCACUUGUCCUCAGAAUUCCCGUGGAGAUCCCACCAUCGAGUGCGUGCACAUUGAGUGCGCGGACAAUGACGAUUGCUCCGGGGAGAAAGCAUGCUUGGACUCGAAGUGCAUAGAUCCCUGUUCGCUGCCCAAUGCCUGUGGAGCUUUGGCUCGUUGCUCGGUGCAGAAUCACAUCGGAGUCUGCUCCUGCGAAGCGGGCAGCACCGGAGAUGCCAAAUUGGGCUGUGUGCAGCUGCAAUAUUGCCAGCAGGACGGACAAUGUGCCCAGGGAAGCAUAUGCUCCCACGGAAUUUGCAGUCCGCUGUGCAGCACAAACCGCGAUUGUAUUUCGGAACAGUUGUGUUUGCAGGGCGUCUGUCAGGGAACCUGCAAGUCAAACUCAACCUGUCCCCAGUUCCAGUUCUGUUCGAAUAACAUUUGCACCAAGGAGCUGGAGUGCCGAUCCGAUAGCGAGUGUGGCGAAGACGAAACCUGUCUGAGUGAUGCCUACGGGCGUGCAAAGUGUGAAUCCGUGUGUCUUGGUCGCGCUGCCUGUGGUAGGAAUGCGGAAUGCGUUGCCCGUUCCCAUGCUCCCGAUUGCCUCUGCAAGGAGGGAUUCUUUGGGGACGCCAAGUCAGGAUGCCGCAAGAUCGAGUGCACUACCGACGAUGACUGCUCUAAUGACAAGAGCUGCGAUAACCACAUGUGCAAAAUUGCCUGCCUCAUUGGACAGCCGUGCGGAGAGAAUGCCCUCUGCACCACAGAACACCACCAGCAGGUUUGCCACUGCCAGCCAGGAUUUUCGGGAGAUCCGCGGGUUCGUUGCGAUGUUAUAGACUUUUGCCGGGAUGCUCCGUGCGGACCCGGAGCCCGUUGCCGAAACGCGAGGGGGUCGUAUAAGUGCACCUGUCCCCCGGGACUCGUUGGUGAUCCGUACAAUGAGGGCUGUCGCAGCUCCGUUGAGUGCGAGACCAACGAGGACUGUCCCCCGCAUGCCGCAUGCACCAAAACCAAUGGGGUGGCCAAGUGCCGCGAUGUUUGUGCCCAGCUGCAAUGUGGCCCCAAUGCGGAAUGUGUUCCGAAGGGCCAUGUGGCGCAGUGUGCAUGCCGCAGCGGCUACGAUGGCCAACCCGCCGACCGGGUGGCCGGCUGUAAGCCGCUGCCCUCUCCCUGUCAGGUCACCGGCGACUGUCCGACCAACACAUACUGCUCGGAUAGCGUCUGCAAACCUGCCUGUGUUCUGGACACCGAAUGUGGAGCAUUCGAAGUGUGUCAAGGUGGCCAAUGCUUCAAUCCCUGCCUUCAACCGCAGGCCUGUGGCCAGAAUGCCGAGUGCGUGAUGCAGAAUCAUCUGAAACAGUGCCAUUGCCCGGAGGGCUUCACCGGCGACUCUGCGAAGGAGUGUGUGCGUGUGCCGGUGGCCUGCGAUGGCGAGUGCGCUCCUGGAUAUACCUGCCGCGACUCCAUGUGCCUGCCCGAGUGCCACAACGAUCUGGAGUGCGCCUCCAACGAGAAGUGCCUGAAGGGCAGCUGUAUGCUGACCUGUCGGGUGGACAACGAUUGCUUCCUGGGUCACGUUUGCCUGCACAACAAGUGCGUGUAUGGCUGCCAUGUGGACGAUGACUGCAGUGCCUCAGAGUCUUGUCGCAACGAUAAGUGCGUAAACCCUUGUGUGGAGAAUCCCUGUGGUCCCAAUGCCGCCUGUUCGGUGUCCAACCACCGUGCUAGCUGCAGUUGUCUGGAGAGUAUGGUGCCCAAUCCCACACCCCAGGUGGGCUGCGUCCGUUCUCCCCCCUUGGAAUGCCGCGAGAAUCGCGACUGUGGAAAUGGAUUGGCUUGCUUCGAGUCGGUAUGCCGACCUCUAUGUGCCGAUGAUGCCGGCUGCUUGACCAACGAGCGUUGUCAGCAGGGAGUUUGCAAACCCCUUUGCCGCCACGACAAUGAGUGCGGUCAUGGAGAGCUUUGUCUGGGCCUGAAUUGCGUACCUGGAUGCCGUUCCGAUCAGGGUUGCCCCCAGGAUUUGUCCUGCGUGGGUCAGCAGUGCGUGGAUCCAUGUGCAGAUCCCACUGCCUGCGGCACUAAUGCCCACUGCCAAACGAUCGAUCAUAGGAAACAGUGCUUAUGUCCAGAGGGUCUGGAUGGCAAUGCGAAUGUGGCCUGCAAGGUGCCUCGCAUUGCUUGUGGCAGAAACGAGGAUUGCCAAUCGAAUCAGCUAUGUUAUGCUGGCAGCUGCCAAGGAAAGUGCAGGAACGACCAGAACUGCCUGGCGGAUGAGCGUUGCAUGAGAGGAACAUGUAGAACCGUGUGCAACACCGAUGAGGCCUGUGCUCAGGGACAGAUUUGCGAAAACCGAAUGUGCCAGACUGGAUGUCGUACCGAUUUGAGUUGUGCCACCGACGAGGCCUGCGUGAACAAGAAGUGCCAGAAUCCAUGUCGCACACCCGGCCAAUGUGGCCAGUGUGCCGACUGUCUUGUAGUCAAUCAUGGAGUCCAAUGCCAGUGUCCGGCCGCCUUCAUGGGAGACGGUUUGACUGGCUGUCAACUGCCGCCGGAACGCUGCCAUCCUGGCUGUGAAUGCGACGAAAAUGGAGCCUACUGUGCCGCCAAAUGCUCAAGGACCGAGGAUUGCGCCUGUGGACAACAGUGUGCCAGAGGAAAGUGCCGGAAUAAGUGCGGACCCAAGCGCCAGUGUACGGUGGGUCAACUUUGCGAGAGAGGAGCCUGCAUUGCCGGGUGCAAGUCGAACGGUGAUUGUGCCGCCGACCAGAGCUGUGUCAAUGGAAAGUGCUCCGAUCCUUGUGCGAACGAGAAGGCUUGCGGACGGAAUGCCCUGUGCACCGUGUCCGAACACCGGAUGCUCUGCUACUGUCCGGAUGGAUAUGAAGGCGAGCCCAGUAAGGAGUGCGUGCAGUUCGAGUGCCGUGUGGACACCGAUUGUGACAGCAAUAAGCGCUGCGACCAAGGAAAGUGCCGCAAUCCUUGCCUGGAGUAUGGAGCUUGUGGCACCAAUGCUCAGUGUCGGGUGGUGGGUCGCAAGGCCCAAUGUUCAUGUCCGCCGGACUUCUUUGGCAAUCCGGCUAGUGAGUGCCGACCCCUGGAAGGAGGAUGCUCCAGCAAACCCUGUGGUGAGAACUCCAAGUGCACUGAGGUGCCCGGAGGCUAUGAGUGCGCUUGCAUGGAUGGCUGCAUUGGUGAUGCCCACCAGGGAUGCCUUUGCGGCGGACCUCUAGUGAAUGCCUGUCGGGAUCAGCCGUGCGGACUGAAUGCCGCCUGUCACGUAUUGGAAAACAAUCAAGCUGAAUGCUACUGCCCGGAGGACUUCCCCAAUGGUGAUGCCUAUGUGCAAUGUUACUUGACCACGCCGAAGCAGGAUUGUCGUACCCUAGGAUGCGAAGUCGGCGGCUGUGUACGCCAGGGCUAUGAAUACGUUUGCCAGCAGGACACCGAACAAUGCUACUCAGAUACGGAUUGUCCCAGUGAAAAAUCAUGCCUCCAAGGACACUGCAGCGAUCCUUGUACAAUGCGUGGCGUGUGUGGUUUGAAUGCUCUCUGCAAAACCGUACUGCAUCGACCGCGCUGCUCCUGCCCCAGUUGCCACAUCGGUCGACCAGAGAUCGAGUGCAAGUCUGAUCCCAAGUGCCUGGCCGAGGAAACAGACCCAAAGACCAAGGAGCAGAUACCAUGCUCCAGUGACUCCGAGUGCCCAGAGACGUUGCAAUGCGGCCAGUACGGCCAAUGCACAGAUCCGUGCAACAAUCCGCUCUUCAUCUGCGAGAGCAACAAGAAGUGCGAGACGAGACGUCACCAGCCCGUUUGUAUCUGCAAGUCGGGCUUCAUAGUGAAUGAGUUCGGAGAACUGACGUGCGCCCCCGACAAGCGGGAGUGCUAUCGCGACGAUGACUGCGCCUCGAACAUGGCCUGCACCGAUGGCAAGUGCCGCAAUCCUUGCAUCGUGCCCCUGGGCCGAGCCGCAAUUUGUGCCGAGAACAAGUCCUGCGAGGUGCAGAACCACAAGCCAGUGUGCAUUUGCAUGCGCGACUGCCAGCCAUCCAUAUCCAUUUGCCUGCGCGACGCCGGUUGUCCGGCUAGCCAGGCUUGCCGGAAGCUCAAGUGCGUCGAUCCGUGCGAGUUUGCCACAUGCGCACCCAACUCGCCAUGCAUUGUCGAGGAUCACAAGCCGAUAUGUAAAUUCUGCCCAGCUGGAUUUAUAGCCGAUGCCAAGAAUGGAUGUCAAAAAGCAGCUAAGCCAGGUGGCAACUGUACCUCAAACGAAGAUUGCAGUGAAGCGCACCAAUGUGGAUCGUCGGGAAAAUGUAUCGACCCCUGCCUCACUUCCUGUGCAGGCGCAGUAAAGUGUGUUGUAUCAGCACAUAGGGUUACGAUAUGUACAUGUCCAGCCACCUUCACGAACAACACAGUUUCGAACUGCAUUUCAACAGAUAUAACAGUAGAGACCACAACUCAAACAAUUGAAACGACUACGGACUUUAUUAACGUAAAAUACACUGUAAUGCAAUUGGCAAAUCAAACUGAAAUGAGAACACGGUUUACCGAUAUAGAAGCCGAAAACGAAACAACAGUUUCAUACACAAGUACAACCGAGUCUUAUAAGACGACUAAGCAAUUUUCUACCAACCCAGUAACAGAGACUAUCACACCUCCUACCGAAGUCAGAACAACAUUGACCCUUGAAGAAUCCACACUUCCUGCAGGGUCAACGCAUACACCCACAACAUUACCUUCAGACACAACUACUCGACCUUACGCACAACAAACGACUGAAUCUACCAGAGAAGUUCCAACCAUCCGGCCAAUUGAGGUAUCAACUCCCAGUUCAGUAUCUUUGGAAACCACUGUUCCACCAAUCACUUCACAAACCACUCCAAAUGUUCCGAUUGGAACAACACGUGGGCCAGUUACAGAACAGACUACCACAUCUCGUAGCGAAGUCAGUACCACAAAGACCCCUGAAGAAUUCACACUUCCUGCAGGAUCAACGGAGACACCCACAACAUUACCUCCAGACACAACUACUCGACCUUACGCACAACAAACGACUGAAUCUACCAGAGAAGUUCCAACCAUCCGGCCAAUUGAGGUAUCAACUCCCAGUUCAGUAUCUUUGGAAACCACUGUUCCACCAAUCACUUCACAAACCACCCCAAAUGUUCCGAUUGGAACAACACGUGGGCCAGUUACAGAACAGACUACCACAUCUCGUAGCGAAGUCAGUACCACAAAGACCCCUGAAGAAUCCACACUUCCUGCAAGAUCAACGCAUACACCCACAACAUUACCUUCAGACACAACUACUCGACCUUACGCACAACAAACGACUGAAUCUACCAGAGAAGUUCCAACCAUCCGGCCAUUUGAGGCAUCAACCCCCAGUCCAGUAUCUUUGGAAACUACUGUUCCACCACUCACUUCUCAAACGACCUCAAAUGUUCCGAUUGGUACAACAGGUGGCUCACUGACAGAACAGACUACCACAUCUCGUAGCAAAGUCAGUACCACAAAGACCCCUGAAGAAUCCACACUUCCUGCAGGAUCAACGGAGACACCCACAACAUUACCUCCAGACACAACUACUCGACCUUACGCACAACAAACGACUGAAUCUACCAGAGAAGUUCCAACUAUCAGGCAAUUUGAGGCAUCUACUCCCAGUCCAGUAGCUCUGGAAACUACUGUUCCACCAAUCCCUCCAGUAUCUUCGGAAACAACCGUUCCGUCAAUCCCUCCAGUAUCUUCAGAAACUACAGUUCCAUCAAUCGCUCCAGAAACCACCGCAACGGUUCCGAUUGAUACAACACGUCGGCCACUGACAGAACAGAAUACCACAUCUCAUAGCGAAGUCAGUACCACAAAGACCCCUGAAGAAUCUACACUUUCUGAAGAGUCAACAGCUAGAACUACUCCAUCUGAUAGUUCUGAGUCACCCACAACAUUACCUUCAGACACAACUACUCGACCUUACGCACAGCAAACGACUGAAUCUACCAGAGAAGUUCCAACCAUCCGGCCAAUUGAGGUAUCAACUCCCAGUUCAGUAUCUUUGGAAACCACUGUUCCACCAAUCACUUCACAAACCACCCCAAAUGUUCCGAUUGGAACAACACGUGGGCCAGUUACAGAACAGACUACCACAUCUCGUAGCGAAGUCAGUACCACAAAGACCCCUGAAGAAUCUACACUUCCUGCAGGAUCAACGGAGACACCCACAACAUUACCUCCAGACACAACUACUCGACCUUACGCAGAACAAACGACUGAAUCUACCAGAGAAGUUCCAACCAUCCGGCCAUUUGAGGCAUCAACCCCCCGGCCAGUAUCUUUGGAAACUACUGUUCCACCACUUACUUCUCAAACGACCUCAAAUGUUCCGAUUGGUACAACAGGUGGCUCACUGACAGAACAGACUACCACAUCUCGUAGCGAAGUCAGUACCACAAAGACCCUUGAAGAAUCCACACUUCCUGCAGGAUCAACAGAGACACCCACAACAUUACCUUCAGACACAACUUCUCACCCUUACGCACAGCAAACGACUGAAUCUACCAGAGAAGUUUCAACCAUCCGGCCAUUUGAGGCAUCUACUCGUAGUUCAGUAGCUUUGGAAACUACUGUUCCACCAAUCACUUCUCAAGCCACCUCAAAUGGUCCGAUUGGAACAACACGUGGGCCAGUUACAGAACAGACUACCACAUCUCGUAGCGAAGUCAGUACCACAAAGACCCUUGAAGAAUCACCACUUUCUGCAGGAUCAACGGAGACACCCACAACAUUACCUUCAGACACAACUUCUCACCCUUACGCACAGCAAACGACUGAAUCUACCAGAGAAGUUCCAACCAUCCGGCCAAUUGAGGUAUCAACUCCCAGUUCAGUAUCUUUGGAAACCACUGUUCCACCAAUCACUUCACAAACCACCCUAAAUGUUCCGAUUGGAACAACACGUGGGCCAGUUACAGAACAGACUACCACAUCUCGUAACGAAGUCAGUACCACAAAGACCCCUGAAGAAUCUACACUUCCUGCAGGAUCAACGGAGACACCCACAACAUUACCUUCAGACACAACUACUCGACCUUACGCAGAACAAACGACUGAAUCUACCAGAGAAGUUCCAACCAUCCGGCCAUUUGAGGCAUCAACCCCCAGUCCAGUAUCUUUGGAAACUACUGUUCCACCACUCACUUCUCAAACGACCUCAAAUGUUCCGAUUGGUACAACAGGUGGCUCACUGACAGAACAGACUACCACAUCUCGUAGCGAAGUCAGUACCACAAAGACCCUUCAAGAAUCUACACUUCCUGCAGGAUCAACGGAGACACCCACAACCUUACCUUCAGACUCAACUACUCAACCUUACGCACAACAAACGACUGAAACUACGAGAAAAGCUCCAACCAUCCGGCCAUUUGAGGCAUCUACUCCCAGUCCAGUAUCUCUGGAAACUACUGUUCCACCAAUCCCUCCAGUAUCUUCGGAAACAACCGUUCCGUCAAUCCCUCCAGUAUCUUCAGAAACUACAGUUCCACCAAUCGCUCCAGAAACCACCACAACGGUUCCGAUUGGAACAACACGUGGGCCACUGACAGGACAGACUACCACAUCUCAUAGCGAAGUCACUACCACAAAGACCCUUGAAGAAUCCACACUUCCUGCAGGAUCAACGGAGACACCCACAACAUUACCUUCAGAUACAAUUACUCGACCUUACGCACAACAAACGACUGAAUCUACCGGAGAAGUUCCAACUAUCCGGCCAUUUGAGGCAUCUACUCCCAGUCAAGUAUCUCUGGAAACUACUGAUACACCAAUCACUCCAGUAUCUUCGGAAACAACCGUUCCAUCAACCCCUCCAGUAUCUUCAGAAACUACCGUUACAUCAAUCGCUUCAGAAACCACCACAACGGUUCCGAUUGGUACAUCACGUCGGCCACUGACAGAACAGACUACCAGACCUCCGAGUGAAGUCAGAACCACAAAGACCCUUGAAGAAUCCACACUUCCUGCAGGAUCAACGGAGACACCCACAACAUUACCUCCAGACACAACUUCUCACCCUUACGCACAGCAAACGACUGAAUCUACCAGAGAAGUUCCAACCAUCCGGCCAUUUGAGGCAUCUACUCCCAGUCCAGUAUCUUUGGAAACCACUGUUCCACCAAUCACUUCACAAACCACCCCAAAUGUUCCGAUUGGAACAACACGUGGGCCAGUUACAGAACAGACUACCACAUCUCGUAGCGAAGUCAGUACCACAAAGACCCUUCAAGAAUCUACACUUCCUGCAGGAUCAACGGAGACACCCACAACCUUACCUUCAGACUCAACUACUCAACCUUACGCACAACAAACGACUGAAACUAUGAGAAAAGCUCCAACCAUCCGGCCAUUUGAGGCAUCUACUCCCAGUCCAGUAUCUCUGGAAACUACUGUUCCACCAAUCCCUCCAGUAUCUUCGGAAACAACCGUUCCGUCAAUCCCUCCAGUAUCUUCAGAAACUACAGUUCCACCAAUCGCUCCAGAAACCACCACAACGGUUCCGAUUGGAACAACACGUGGGCCAGUGACAGAACAGACUACCACAUCUCAUAGCGAAGUCACUACCACAAAGACCCUUGAAGAAUCCACACUUCCUGCAGGAUCAACGGAGACACCCACAACAUUACCUUCAGAUACAAUUACUCGACCUUACGCACAACAAACGACUGAAUCUACCAGAGAAGUUCCAACUAUCCGGCCAUUUGAGGCAUCUACUCCCAGUCAAGUAUCUCUGGAAACUACUGUUCCACCAAUCACUCCAGUAUCUUCAGAAACUACAGCUCCAUCAAUCGCUUCAGAAACCACCACAACGGUUCCGAUUGGUACAACACGUCGGCCACUGACAGAACAGACUACCACAUCUCGUAGCGAAGUCAGUACCACAAAGACCCCUGAAGAAUCUACACUUCCUGCAGGAUCAACGGAGACACCAAUAACAUUACCUCCAGACACAACUACUCGACCUUACGCAGAACAAACGACUGAAUCUACCAGAGAAGUUCCAACUAUCAGGCCAUUUGAGGCAUCUACUCCCAGUCCAGUAUCUCUGGAAACUACUGUUCCACCAAUCACUCCAGUAUCUUCAGAAACUACCGUUACAUCAAUCACUGCUCAAACCACCUCAAAUGUUCCGAUUGGAACAACACGUGGGCCAGUUACAGAACAGACUACCACAUCUCGUAGCGAAGUCAGUACCACAAAGACCCUUCAAGAAUCUACACUUCCUGCAGGAUCAACGGAGACACCCACAACCUUACCUUCAGACUCAACUACUCAACCUUACGCACAACAAACGACUCAAACUAUGAGAAAAGCUCCAACCAUCCGGCCAUUUGAGGCAUCUACUCCCAGUCCAGUAUCUUUGGAAACCACUGUUCCACCAAUCACUUCACAAACCACCCCAAAUGUUCCGAUUGGAACAACACGUGGGCCAGUUACAGAACAGACUACCACAUCUCGUAGCGAAGUCAGAACCACAAAGACCCUUGAAGAAUCCACACUUCCUGCAGGAUCAACGGAGACACCCACAACAUUACCUCCAGACACAACUUCUCACCCUUACGCACAGCAAACGACUGAAUAUACCAGAGAAGUUCCAACCAUCCGGCCAUUUGAGGCAUCUACUCCCAGUCCAGUAUCUUUGGAAACCACUGUUCCACCAAUCACUUCACAAACCACCCCAAAUGUUCCGAUUGGAACAACACGUGGGCCAGUUACAGAACAGACUACCACAUCUCGUAGCGAAGUCAGAACCGCAAAGACCCUUGAAGAAUCCACACUUCCUGCAGGAUCAACGGAGACACCCACAACAUUACCUUCAGACACAACUUCUCACCCUUACGCACAGCAAACGACUGAAUCUACCAGAGAAGUUUCAACCAUCCGGCCAAUUGAGGUAUCAACUCCCAGUUCAGUAUCUUUGGAAACCACUGUUCCACCAAUCACUUCACAAACCACCCCAAAUGUUCCGAUUGGAACAACACGUGGGCCAGUUACAGAACAGACUACCACAUCUCGUAGCGAAGUCAGUACCACAAAGACCCUUCAAGAAUCUACACUUCCUGCAGGAUCAACGGAGACACCCACAACCUUACCUUCAGACUCAACUACUCAACCUUACGCACAACAAACGACUGAAACUAUGAGAAAAGCUCCAACCAUCCGGCCAUUUGAGGCAUCUACUCCCAGUCCAGUAUCUCUGGAAACUACUGUUCCACCAAUCCCUCCAGUAUCUUCGGAAACAACCGUUCCGUCAAUCCCUCCAGUAUCUUCAGAAACUACAGUUCCACCAAUCGCUCCAGAAACCACCACAACGGUUCCGAUUGGAACAACACGUGGGCCAGUGACAGAACAGACUACCACAUCUCAUAGCGAAGUCACUACCACAAAGACCCUUGAAGAAUCCACACUUCCUGCAGGAUCAACGGAGACACCCACAACAUUACCUUCAGAUACAAUUACUCGACCUUACGCACAACAAACGACUGAAUCUACCAGAGAAGUUCCAACUAUCCGGCCAUUUGAGGCAUCUACUCCCAGUCAAGUAUCUCUGGAAACUACUGUUCCACCAAUCACUCCAGUAUCUUCAGAAACUACAGCUCCAUCAAUCGCUUCAGAAACCACCACAACGGUUCCGAUUGGUACAACACGUCGGCCACUGACAGAACAGACUACCACAUCUCGUAGCGAAGUCAGUACCACAAAGACCCCUGAAGAAUCUACACUUCCUGCAGGAUCAACGGAGACACCAAUAACAUUACCUCCAGACACAACUACUCGACCUUACGCAGAACAAACGACUGAAUCUACCAGAGAAGUUCCAACUAUCAGGCCAUUUGAGGCAUCUACUCCCAGUCCAGUAUCUCUGGAAACUACUGUUCCACCAAUCACUCCAGUAUCUUCAGAAACUACCGUUACAUCAAUCACUGCUCAAACCACCUCAAAUGUUCCGAUUGGAACAACACGUGGGCCAGUUACAGAACAGACUACCACAUCUCGUAGCGAAGUCAGUACCACAAAGACCCUUCAAGAAUCUACACUUCCUGCAGGAUCAACGGAGACACCCACAACCUUACCUUCAGACUCAACUACUCAACCUUACGCACAACAAACGACUGAAACUAUGAGAAAAGCUCCAACCAUCCGGCCAUUUGAGGCAUCUACUCCCAGUCCAGUAUCUUUGGAAACCACUGUUCCACCAAUCACUUCACAAACCACCCCAAAUGUUCCGAUUGGAACAACACGUGGGCCAGUUACAGAACAGACUACCACAUCUCGUAGCGAAGUCAGAACCACAAAGACCCUUGAAGAAUCCACACUUCCUGCAGGAUCAACGGAGACACCCACAACAUUACCUCCAGACACAACUUCUCACCCUUACGCACAGCAAACGACUGAAUCUACCAGAGAAGUUCCAACCAUCCGGCCAUUUGAGGCAUCUACUCGUAGUUCAGUAUCUUUGAAAACCACUGUUCCACCAAUCACUGAUCAAACCACCUCAAAUGUUCCGAUUGGAACAACACGUGGGCAAGUUACAGAACAGACUACCACAUCUCGUAGCGAAGUCAGAACCACAAAGACCCUUGAAGAAUCCACACUUCCUGCAGGAUCAACGGAGACACCCACAACAUUACCUCCAGACACAACUUCUCACCCUUACGCACAGCAAACGACUGAAUCUACCAGAGAAGUUCCAACCAUCCGGCCAUUUGAGGCAUCUACUCGUAGUUCAGUAUCUUUGGAAACCACUGUUCCACCAUUCACUUCUCAAACGACCUCAAAUGUUCCGAUUGGUACAACAGGUGGCUCACUGACAGAACAGACUACCACAUCUCGUAGCGAAGUCAGUACCACAAAGACCCCUGAAGAAUCUACACUGCCUGCAGAGUCAACAGUUAGAACUACUCCAUCUGAUAGUUCUGAGUCACCCACAACAUUACCUUCAGACACAACUACUCGACCGUACGCACAAAAAACGACUGAAUCUACCAGAGAAGUCCCAACCAUCCGGCCAUUUGAGGCAUCUACUCCCAGUUCAGUAUCUUCAGAAACUACUGUUCCACCAAUCACUGAUCAAACCACCUCAAAUGUUCCGAUUGGAACAACACGUGGGCAAGUUACAGAACAGACUACCACAUCUCGUAGCGAAGUCAAAACCACAAAGACCCCUGAAGAAUCUACACUUCCUGCAGAGUCAACAGUUAGAACUACUCCAUCUGAUAGUUCUGAGUCACCCACAACAUUACCUUCAGAUACAACUACUCGACCUGAAGAAUCUUCCCCUCCUGCUGGUUCAUUCGAUACAACUAUUCCAUUCCCUAGUCCUGAGACAGUCACGUCAGAACCUUCAGAGUCAACUACUCGCCCAGUUACCCAAGAAACCACCAAAACUACUUCUGCUGGUACCCGACGACAACAAGUGACAGAACGAACUACCAAAUCUUUCAGCGAAGUAACGACUGGACGCUCAAGUGACGUAGUGACUGAAGUUACUAUGCCACGUGAAACAUAUACGAGCAAAGCCAUUGAUAUAAUUACAACUACGCUGUCGGUUGAUGAAUCAACAUUUAAAUAUGACAUGUCUUAUAGUAAUAUUCCGUCAAUUACUACUAUUUUACCCGUAUUUAACAAGUCGACUUCUGUAUCGAGUCCCGUUUCGGAUAAAUUGCCAACUGCAACAGACAUUACGAUGACAAAGUUACAAAGUUGUAAAACAGACUAUGACUGCUUAGACGAACAGACCUGCAUUAGAGGACAGUGCAUAUCGCCCUGUGAAUACUUCACUAAUCUGUGCACGGUGCAGAAUCUGACCAUUUGUCGUACAUUGAACCACACCACAAGGUGCUUCUGUGAUACCGCCGAUGAUGUAAAUAGACCCGAUUGCUCUAUGAAAGCAGAGAUCGGAUGCGCAUCGAGUGAUGAGUGCCCGUCCCAGCAGGCGUGCAUUAAUGCUCUUUGUGUGGAUCCUUGCACCUUUAACAAUCCCUGCAGCCGUAAUGAAGAUUGCCGUGUUUUUAACCAUCAGCCAUUGUGCUCAGCAGAGCACGGUCGCACGCCUGGCUGCGAACAUUGUCCACCAGGCGCAAACUGCGAUCCAACAACCGGUGCUUGUAUAAAGGCUAAUGUAACAAUAACAACUAUUACUACCAAGAACUCCACAUCUACCAAGAUACCAACGAAACCAAGAACAACAGCUAACCCAAACACAGGCGUCAAAACGACACCGACAACCACAAGGGUCACCACAAGAAAUACCACCACGACCACAACCACUACUACCACUACUUCCUCCACUAGCACUGAAUCGAGCACAAUCACAAGCGCUACUAACCAGACCAGUAAGAACCAAAAACCAGACACAGAAAGCACCACCUCCCACACCGAUGCCACGAGGCGGUAUCGCGAUGGUGAGAACAAUAUCACCGAUACUCCAACACCAAGGCCCACGAUCCAGACGACCACGCUGCGGGGCGAAGGUAUCAUAAGUGACAGUCAGAGUCGGUCCACCACGACGCCCAAAAUGAAAACCACCCGACUGGAUACUUCCAACGAGGUCCCAGAUACCACCUCGCCGUGGCCAAUAGAGCUGCCCACCACAGAGGGCACCACCACGGAGGUCUACAACACCAUGAUUGCCCCGGUGGUCAACACCACUGACACCUCAUUAAUUAACCCAUGUACAGUAGAUACUAAUUGUGCCCCUAACGAGCACUGCAAGCUGGGCCUUUGCCGUAAAAAAGAACCGCCGGGUUCACCGAAAACGCCCGAACCCUGUCAAUCUAACAACGACUGCAUUGAGAGCGAGGCCUGUUACAUGGGACUGUGCCAGGAUCCUUGCGAAUUUGCCAAGAUUUGUGCCGCGACUGCCAAGUGCACCGCCAAGAGUCAUCGACCAGUGUGCACCUGUCCGCAGGGCCAUGAGGGCAAUCCGAUGGUCAAAUGUGUAACCACUCAAACCUCAAUUGAAUGCACCGACGAUUCGGACUGCGGUGUCACGGAAGCGUGCAUCAACCAGCUCUGCCAGCAUCCUUGCGACGUCCAUGAUCCUUGUGCCACGAAUGCUGUUUGCAUCAAUAGCAACCAUGCAGCUGACUGCAGCUGUGCGGAUGGCUUCCAGGGCAAUGGAUUUGUUGGCUGUCAGCCAGCACGUUCCCAUGUCUGCCAAUACAACGAGGACUGUCCACCGACGAAGCUCUGCGAUCGGCUGAACCGCCGCUGCAUCAAUCCCUGUCAAGAGGACUCUUGCGGCGAGAAUGCCGAGUGCAUACCUGUGAACCAUGGUACCGACUGCCGCUGCCUGCCCGGAUUCCUGGGCAAUGCCUACGUGCAGUGUCUUCCUAGUCAGGGAUGCCGCUCCGAUUCCGAAUGUGAUUCCAGUCAGGCCUGCAUCAACGGAAAGUGUUCAUCGCCCUGCCAAUGUGGAGCCUAUGCCCUUUGCGAUGUGGUCAAUCAUCGUGGUGUUUGCAAGUGCCCUCCCGGCUACAACGGAAAUCCUCAGGUGGGCUGCAGUCCGCCUCAAGAUCCAUGCGAUCCCAAUCCAUGCGGCUUAAAUGCCUUGUGCGAACUGGACAAUGGAAACCCCAUCUGCUACUGCCCGAAGGGUCUUACCGGAAAUCCGUUCAAAAAUUGCAUUCCUGAGGGAGAUGAGUGCACACCGAAUCCCUGUGGUCCCAACUCUGGAUGUCGUCGAGUAGGUGGAAACCCGGUUUGCUUCUGCCUGCCGGAAUAUGAGGGUCAGCCACCGUCGAUUCCUUGUGAGCUUCCUUCGAAUCCUUGCGACCCAUCGCCAUGCGGACCAAAUACUCAAUGCUCCGUACUCAGCAACGGUUUCUCCAAGUGCACCUGCCUGCCGAACUAUGUGGAGAGUCCGAACACCAUUCGUGGAUGUGUUGAACCAAUUAACCCGUGUGACCCGAACCCGUGUGGAACUGGUGCAAUCUGCGAUUCAUCGCGCCAGCCUGUGUGUUACUGUCCGGACAACAAGAUUGGCAAUCCAUUCAGACUGUGUGACAAGCCUGCAGUUACCAUUGAACUUUGCCAGCCAGGACCAUGUGGCCGAAACGCCGAGUGCUAUGUGGCUGGAAAUCGAGAGGAGUGCUACUGCCGCUCGGGAUAUGUGGGAGAUGCUUACCAGGGAUGCCGUGAACCAAGUCGCACCGUUUGCGACCCCAAUCCUUGUGGACCUAAUGCCAACUGCGUUGUGGCUGGCGACGGACAAACGGCAUGCGUUUGUCCAGACGGUUUGUCAGGAGAUCCCACGUCUGCCAUUGGAUGCCAUGGGUAUGAAUGCCAGGUGGAUGCCGAUUGUCCAAACAGCAAGGCCUGCAUGGGCUAUCGCUGCUACGAUCCCUGUCCGGGAGCCUGUGGCCAAGGGGCACACUGCCAAGUGGAUGAACAUCACCCAGUUUGCUCUUGUAACGCCGGUUUGACUGGCAAUCCUGGAAUUCGCUGCUAUGCUUUGGACCAUCCCAAGACGAAUCCUUGCGUUCCAAGCCCUUGUGGCCGUAAUAGCGAGUGCAAGUUGCUGAAUAACCGCGCUGUCUGUUCCUGCAUCCCAGGUUACCUGGGCGAUCCCCAAUCGGGAUGCCAGCCUGAGUGCGACAUCAACUCGGAUUGCGGUGAUACCUUGUCGUGCAUCAACCACAAGUGUGUGGAUCCCUGUGCCGGAGCGAUCUGUGGAAUCAAUGCCAUCUGUAAUGUCCGCCAACAUACGCCAGUAUGUCUUUGCCUUGACGGCUUCGUCGGCGACGCCUUUUUGCAAUGCGUUCCUAUUGGAAUACUGAAGAACGUUUCUCGGGAUCCGUGUGCGCCGUCGCCUUGUGGACCUCACGACGUUUGUUCGGUAUACGGCGAUGGAGUGGCCCUUUGCGAUCCCUGCUUUGGACCCAAUGCCCAGCAGAAUCCUCGCUGCAGACCCGAGUGCGUGGCCAAUUCGGAUUGUCCGUUUGAUCGCGCGUGUUUGGGCCAGCGUUGUCUGGAUCCAUGUCCCGGAUCCUGUGGGCGGAAUGCAAUUUGCAAUGUCUACGAGCAUAACCCCGUAUGCGCUUGUCCCACAGGACUAUUUGGAAAUCCCUACGAACAGUGCACGACUAAGUCGGUUGUCGAGCAGCCUCCACAACCAAGCUGCGCAAAACUCCAUUGCGGUGCCAAUGCGGAGUGCAAGCGUCAGCACAGCGGUCUUGCCUGCGUCUGCCGUAAGGGUUACUUCGGAGACCCACAUAUUGGUUGUCGGCCAGAGUGUGUUCUCAACAGUGACUGUCCCGCUGAAAAGGCCUGCUUGAACUCCAAGUGCGUAGAGGCGUGUAACGGAGUGUGUGGCGUUAAUGCCGUUUGCCGUGUGGUUAACCAUGCGCCAGUUUGCAUAUGUGCCGAGGGAUAUAGUGGAGAUGCCUCUAUUGCCUGCAAUCCAUUCUAUCUGCCACCUCCAGAGCGACCUCAUCCGUGUGAGCCAUCGCCAUGCGGACCAAACUCUCGAUGCAAGGCCACCCCUGAUGGCUAUGCAGCCUGUUCCUGCCUGCCCAACUUCAAAGGAGCUCCACCAGUCUGUCAGCCAGAGUGUGUGGUUAGCUCGGAGUGUGCUCCCAACCAGGCAUGUCUGAAUCAGAGGUGCGCAGAUCCAUGCCCAGGUAUUUGUGGUGGGGGAGCUCGCUGCGAAGUGCUUAACCAUAACCCCAUCUGCUCUUGUGAGGCCAACUUCGAGGGUGAUCCGUUUGUGGCGUGCUCACCCAUUCAGGAUCCUGGUCGCGACAUCUCUGUGACAAACAACCCGUGCGUGCCAUCUCCUUGCGGACCCAACUCCAUAUGCCAGAUUAAACAAAACCGACCAGUCUGCUCCUGUGUGGCCAACUAUAUAGGCAGCCCGCCUUAUUGCCGACCGGAGUGCACGCUGAGCAGUGAGUGUCCAUCGGACAAGGCCUGCAUCAACGAAAAGUGCCAGAAUCCGUGUGCCAACGUAUGUGGACACAAUGCCCGUUGUACGGUUAUCGCCCACUCCGCCCACUGCAGUUGCGAUGAGGACUACGAGGGAGAUGCCUUCAUUGGUUGCUCUAAGAAAAUUACAGAACGGCCCGGCGAUCACAUCGAUCCAUGCUACCCCAACCCAUGUGCUGAGAAUGCUGUUUGCACGCCUUACAAUAAUGCCGCGCGAUGCACCUGCAUUGAGCCAUACAAUGGCGAUCCUUACAGUACCGGAUGUCGACCGGAAUGUAUCUACAGCUCGGAAUGUCCCUCAUCACUGGCCUGCAUCAAGCAGCACUGUCGCGAUCCUUGCACGGCUGCUUGUGGAGCGAAUGCCGAGUGUGCGGUGGUUAACCACUUGCCCUCUUGCAGUUGCACCAGAGGAUUUGAGGGUAAUCCGUUUGAUGGAUGCAAGCGGGUGGCCAUUGUGCGACCCGAAAGCGUGUGUGAGCCCAAUCCUUGUGGACCGAACAGUAUUUGUCGCUCUGUAGAGGGACAUCCUACGUGCAGUUGCCAGGUUGGUUACUUCGGAGCUCCGCCGCAGUGCAGACCCGAAUGUGUGGUCAGCUCGGAGUGUGCGCAGCAUUUGUCCUGCAUAAAUCAGAAGUGUAUGGAUCCAUGUGUGGACACUUGUGGAUUCAACGCCAAAUGUCAAGUCAACAACCACAAUCCCAUCUGCUCCUGUCCAGCCAACUAUGAGGGAAAUCCAUUUGAGCAAUGUGUGCCCAAAUCUGCAGAUCCACACCCCGUGGAUCCUUGCCUGCCCAGCCCAUGCGGUUCCAAUUCCAUUUGCCGAAAUGUGAACAAUAGAGCGGAGUGCUCUUGUGCGCCAGGAAUGUUCGGAGCACCACCUAACUGUCGACCAGAGUGUGUGAUUAACCAGGAUUGCCCAUCAAAUCGGGCUUGUAUACGACAGCGGUGCGAGGAUCCUUGCAUUGGAAUUUGCGGCUUCAAUGCCGUGUGCUCCACGCAGAACCACCAGCCCAAGUGCAGUUGCAUUGAAAGCUUUGAGGGUGAUCCGUACACCGCCUGCAGAAUGCGUGAGAUCGUGGUGCUAGAUCCACCCACCGAUCCAUGCUACCCAUCGCCAUGUGGUGCGAAUGCCAUUUGUCGCGUGCGCAACGGAGCCGGCUCCUGUUCCUGUAUCCAAAAUUACUUUGGCGACCCCUAUAUCAACUGCCGUCCUGAAUGCGUCCAGAAUAGCGAUUGUCCCAGUAACCGUGCCUGUAUAAACAUGAAGUGCCGCGAUCCUUGCGCCAAUGCAUGUGGAUUUAAUGCCAUUUGCCGGGUGGCUCAUCAUCAGCCCAUCUGUAGUUGUGAACCUCACUUCACAGGCAAUCCACUGCGCGCAUGCGUCGAGAGGCCCACAAACAUGUACCUUCCCCUGCCCAAAGACCCUUGUAGACCGUCGCCUUGUGGCCUGUUCAGCACGUGCCAUGUAGUUGGGGAUCGACCUGUGUGUGCCUGUUUGCCAGACUACAUGGGUGCUCCGCCCAACUGCCGGCCCGAGUGUAUGACCAGUGCCGAGUGUCCUUCGGAUAGGGCCUGUAUUAACCAGCGCUGCAAAGAUCCUUGUCCCGGAACGUGUGGCUACAAUGCCCGCUGUCGUUGCACCAAUCAUUCGCCAAUCUGCAGUUGCUACGAUGGCUACACCGGGGAUCCGUUCCACCAGUGUGUUCCUGAAAGAAAACCGCCACCAAUAGCUGAUCCCAUUGUUCCGCCCAAUCCUUGUGUGCCAUCACCUUGUGGACCCAACUCUCAGUGCCAAGUUUCAAGCAGCGGAGCAGUGUGCUCCUGCGUAACCAAUUACAUAGGACGACCACCUGGUUGUCGGCCAGAGUGCAGCAUCAAUUCCGAGUGCCCGGCCAGAAUGGCCUGCAUCAAUGCUCGAUGUGCCGAUCCGUGCAUAGGAUCGUGUGGAAAUAACGCACUCUGCCAUGUCAGCCUCCAUGCACCGGUGUGCAUGUGUGAGCCCGGAUUUUCCGGCGAUCCAUUCUCCGGCUGCUACAAGAUUAUUGAGACCCCCAUUGAGGUAAUCCAACCGUGCCGCCCCAGCCCUUGCGGCUUGAAUGCCCUUUGCGAGGAGCGGAAUCAAGCCGCCGCCUGCAAGUGUCUUCCGGAAUACUUUGGGGAUCCCUAUGUCGAGUGUCGCCCCGAGUGCGUCAUCAACUCGGACUGUCCCAGGUCGCGAGCCUGCGUCAAUCAAAAGUGCGUGGAUCCCUGUCCGGGAAUGUGCGGUCACAACGCCCUGUGCGCCGUCUUCAAUCACGCCCCCAACUGCGAAUGCCUACCUGGUUACACGGGCAACCCCAUCGUUGGUUGUCACAUAGUCCCUGAUAUUCCACACUAUCCCGACCCCAUAGUGCCCGAAAACCCUUGCCAACCCUCGCCCUGUGGCCUCUACAGCAACUGCCGUCCGGUUAAUGGCCACGCAGUCUGCUCCUGUGUGCCCAGCUACAUCGGCUCUCCUCCCAACUGCCGGCCCGAGUGCAUGAGCAGCUCGGAGUGCGCGCAGGACAAGUCGUGCCUUAACGAGCGCUGCAAGGAUCCCUGCCCAGGCACCUGCGGCAAUAACGCGCUCUGCCGCGUGGUCAACCACAACCCCAUCUGCUCCUGCAGUCCCGGCUUCAGCGGUGAUCCCUUCGUGCGCUGCUUCCCACAAGAGAAGCGGCCGCCCAUUACCCAUGACCGCAUCGAACCGUGUGUGCCCUCGCCAUGUGGGCCCAACUCAGAGUGCCGGGUGUCGGCCGCCAAUGAGCAGGCUGUCUGCUCAUGCUUGCAGCAUUACGUGGGUAGGGCGCCAAAUUGCCGGCCGGAGUGUACAUCCGACUCCGAGUGCCCCGGCAAUUUGGCCUGCAUCAAUCUGCGCUGCCGGGAUCCGUGUGUCGGUACCUGCGGCAUACAGACCACUUGCCUUGUAAAUAAUCAUAGACCCAUUUGCCGCUGCAUUGACGGCUAUGCAGGGGAUCCAUUCUCAGAGUGUAGUCCGAAGAUUAUUGUCCCGGUGGAAGUGGCACAGCCCUGCAACCCGAGUCCCUGCGGCGCCAAUGCUGUGUGCAAGGAGCGCAAUGGAGUGGGUUCCUGCUCCUGCCUACCGGAGUAUAAUGGAGACCCGUACACGGAGUGCCGCCCAGAGUGCGUGCUGAAUAGUGACUGCUCGAAGAACCGUGCCUGCCUCAACAACAAGUGUCGCGAUCCCUGUCCGGGAGUCUGUGGCGUCUCUGCCGAGUGCCACGUGAUUAACCAUGCACCCAGCUGCAGUUGCCCUUCCGGUUUCACUGGCAAUCCCUCGCAAUUUUGUCGGGAGAUACCAAGAUUGCCCGCUCCCGUUGAACCUUGUCGUCCUUCGCCCUGCGGACCUUACAGCCAGUGCCGUGAGGUUAACGGACAUGCGGUCUGCUCCUGCGCUACCAAUUACAUUGGCACACCGCCCGCCUGUCGUCCGGAGUGCUCGGUUAGCUCCGAGUGCGCUCAGGACAGGGCAUGUGUGAACCAGCGCUGUGCGGACCCGUGUCCCGGUACCUGUGGCAAUGAAGCUAUCUGCAAAGUGACCAACCACAACCCGAUCUGCUCCUGCCCAGCCGGCUACAGUGGCGAUCCGUUCGUUCGCUGUGCGCCGUGGCAGGAGGAACCGGAGCAACCCAAGUCCAAUGAAAAUCCUUGUGUGCCCAGUCCCUGUGGACGCAAUUCUCAGUGUCGUGUCGUGGGCGAGACGGGUGUGUGCUCCUGUCUGCCAAAUUUCGUAGGCAGGGCCCCUAAUUGCCGUCCAGAGUGCACCAUCAACACAGAGUGUCCUGCCAACCUGGCCUGCAUCAAUGAGCGCUGUCAGGAUCCCUGUCCGGGAUCCUGCGGCUUUAAUGCUUACUGCAGUGUGGUAAACCACUCGCCCAUGUGCACCUGCGACACCGGUUACACAGGUGACCCCUUCGCCGGCUGCAACCCACAACCUCCAGCCAUAUCCGAUGAGCGUUUGACUCCCUGCCAACCCUCGCCCUGUGGUCCCAAUGCCGAGUGCCGUGAGCGCAACGGAGCCGGCUCCUGUACAUGUCUGCCGGAAUAUUUCGGUGAUCCGUACAGUGGCUGCCGUCCCGAAUGCGUGGUGAACAGUGAUUGUUCGCGCGACAAGUCGUGCGUCAACCAGAAAUGCGUGGACCCGUGUCCAGGUGUUUGUGGUUUGAAUGCCCAGUGUCGUGUGUCCAAUCAUCUUCCCAGUUGCUCAUGCCUGGCUGGAUACACUGGAAAUCCGUCGAGCGCGUGCCGUGAAAUUCCCCAGUUGCCCCCACCACCCGAACGGGAUGAGAACCCCUGUAGACCAUCUCCCUGUGGUCCCUACAGUCAGUGCCGCGAGGUCGACGGCCAUGCCGUGUGCUCCUGCCUUCAGGGCUUCAUCGGAUCGGCUCCCAACUGCCGGCCCGAGUGCGUCAUUAGCUCGGAUUGCGCACAAAAUCUUAACUGUCAGAAUCAAAAGUGCGUGGACCCGUGCCCGGGUACAUGUGGCAUCGAGGCCCGCUGCCAGGUCAUUAACCACUAUCCCGCAUGCUCCUGUGCCCCAGGUUUUACCGGAGAUCCCUUCAACCGGUGCACCAAGAUAUUGUUGGAGCCCCCACCCACCGAUAAGUCUGGUAAUCCCUGCAUCCCAUCACCAUGCGGACCCAACUCGAAAUGCCUCGAUGUCCGUGGUUCGCCUGCAUGCUCCUGUCUGCCCGACUACCUGGGACGUCCGCCAAACUGCCGGCCCGAGUGCCUCAGUAGUGCCGACUGUCCUGCCAAUCUGGCCUGUGUGAACCAGCGCUGCUCGAACCCAUGCAUUGGCGCUUGCGGCCUGCACUCUGUGUGCACGGUCAUCAAGCACCGACCAGCAUGCGAGUGUGUGCCAGGUUACACCGGAGAUCCCUUCUCAGGCUGUGCGAUCGUACAGCAAAUUGCCCCGCCGGACGAGACAAGAAAUCCUUGCAAUCCCAGCCCCUGCGGAGCAAAUGCCAUUUGCCGGGAGCGCAAUGGAGCUGGCUCUUGCGCCUGUCUGCCCGAGUACUUUGGUGAUCCGUACAGUGGAUGCCGACCGGAAUGUGUCCAGAACGACGAUUGUGAUCGCACGCGUGCCUGCAUCAAUAAUAAGUGUCAGGAUCCAUGUCCCGGAGCCUGCGGCAUCAAUGCUGAAUGCAGGGUCCUGAAUCACGGACCGAACUGCAACUGUUUCGAUGGCUACACUGGAGAUCCGCAUCGCUCGUGCUCGUUAAUCGAGGUGGUCACCAUACGACCGGAGCCAUGCAAGCCAUCACCCUGCGGACCAUACAGCCAGUGCUUGGACACCAACAGUCAUGCAGUGUGCAGCUGCUUGGAAGGCUACAUUGGAGCACCGCCUAGCUGCAAACCGGAAUGUGUGGUCAGUUCGGAGUGCCCACAGAACAGGGCUUGCAUUAACCAAAAGUGCGAGGAUCCUUGUCGAGGAUCUUGUGGCAAUAAUGCUAAAUGCCAAGUGGUGAACCACAACCCCAUCUGUACCUGCCAGCCAGGCAUGACAGGUGAUCCGAUAUCCGGCUGUCAGCCCACGCCUGAAGUCAAGAACGUGGAGAAUCCGUGUGUGCCAUCACCAUGUGGACCCAACUCUGUUUGCCGAGAGAUUGGAAACCAAGCAGCUUGUUCCUGUAACGCGGGCUAUAUUGGACGCCCGCCCACUUGCCGACCGGAAUGUACAAACAAUGACGAGUGCCAGAAUCAUCUCUCCUGUCAGCAGGAGCGCUGCGUGGAUCCAUGCCCCGGUUCGUGUGGUAGCAACGCCAUCUGCCAGGUGGUGCAGCAUAAUGCUGUAUGCUCCUGCGCCGAUGGAUACGAGGGAGAGCCACUCUUUGGCUGCCAGCUGAUUCCAGCAGUGACGCCCACCGAGUCGCCAUCAUCGCCCUGCGAACCAUCACCAUGCGGUCCUCAUGCCGAGUGUCGGGAGAGGAAUGGAGCUGGAGCUUGCUAUUGUCACGAUGGAUUCGAGGGUAAUCCCUACGAUGCCCAACGAGGAUGCCGACGAGAAUGCGAGAAUAACGAUGAUUGUUCCGCUGUCCAAGCCUGUUCGCGAUUCAAAUGCGUCGAUCCAUGCAACAAUAUCUGCGGAGACUAUGCCAUUUGCACAGUUGACAAACAUGUGCCCACUUGUGACUGCCCGCCUGGAUACACUGGAGAUCCGUUCUUCAGCUGCAAACCCGUGCCGGUCACACCGCGUCCUCCGCUUAACCCAUGCAAUCCAUCUCCAUGUGGACCCAACAGCAAUUGUCGUGCGAUGAACAACCAGGCAGUGUGUUCCUGCCAGGCAGGUUUCAUCAACCAGCCGCCCAACUGCAAACCGGAAUGCGUGGUCAGCGCCGAGUGUGCUCCGGAAAGAGCAUGUGUAAACAAGAAGUGCGUUGAUCCCUGCCAGCAUACCUGCGGCAUCCGGGCCAUCUGCACCACCAAGAACCACAGUCCCAUCUGCACAUGUCCCAGGACGAUGACUGGAGAUCCGUUUGUUGAGUGCACCAGAGUUGCAAUCACCAAUGACAAUACAACACCGUCGCCGGCUCCCGCAUCCUGUGUGCCUUCGCCUUGUGGACCCAAUGCCAAGUGUCAGAUCGUGGGCAAUAGUCCGGCAUGCUCCUGCCUGCCGAACUUCAUCGGGGCUCCGCCUCGUUGUCGCCCGGAGUGCGUGCUGAACUCGGAAUGCGGACCCACGGAAGCUUGUAUUAACCAAAAGUGUGCCGAUCCUUGCUCUGGAUCCUGCGGAUUCGAGGCCAAGUGCCAUGUGCUCAACCACCUGCCCAUCUGCAACUGCAUUGAGGGCUUCGAGGGAGAUCCGUUUGUGCGUUGCACGAAGAAGGAAGAAGAUAGAUCUCCCCUACCCAAGAAUGAUCCAUGCAACCCGAACCCGUGUGGACAAAAUGCGGACUGCUUUGCCGGAGAGUGCCGCUGCCAAAAUAACUACCAAGGCAAUGCCUACGAGGGAUGUCGUCCUGAGUGCACGCUGUCGGCGGAUUGUCCUAGGGACAAGGCCUGUAUGCGAAACCGCUGUGUGGAUCCCUGUCCAGGAAUCUGCGGUAACAAUGCCGUGUGUGAGGUGAUGAACCACAUUCCGGUGUGCUCAUGCGUCAAGGGCUAUGAGGGUGAUCCGUUCGUGAACUGUCGUGUGAAACCCGUCGUGGAGGAUCCUAUUAUUGAGGCCUGCUCUCCAUCGCCAUGCGGUUCCAACAGUCAGUGUCGAGACGUUAACGGACAUGCGGUUUGCUCUUGCCUGGUUGGUUAUAUUGGAUCACCGCCCCAGUGCCGUCCCGAGUGUGUGGUGUCCAGCGAGUGCUCCGCCUUACAAGCUUGUGUCAACAAGAAGUGCGUGGAUCCAUGCGCUGCAGCUUGUGGUCUAGAGGCCCGUUGUGAGGUCAUCAAUCAUAGUCCGAUUUGUGGCUGCCCACCUGGCCGAACUGGAGAUCCGUUCAAGCAAUGCGUUGUCCUGCAACCGAUUCCUGCCCCAGAUGUAAAGACACCUCCUCAAGAUCCCUGCGUGCCAUCGCCGUGCGGACCCAACUCGAUUUGCAAGAAUGAUAGGAAUGGUCCCGUCUGCCAAUGCCAACCAGAGUUCUUUGGCUCGCCGCCCAACUGUCGACCCGAGUGCAUCAUCAAUCCGGACUGUCAAUCUACGCAGGCGUGCAUCAACAACAAAUGCAGCAAUCCAUGCCCAGAAUCAUGCGGAACCAAUGCCGAGUGUCGUGUCAUCGGGCACGCUGUGUCCUGCUCUUGUCCAGCAGGAUACGCCGGCAACGCCUUUGUUCAGUGUGUGCCGCAGCAAGAGGAGCCACCGAAGCCUUGCCAGCCAUCGCCAUGUGGUCCAAAUGCCGAGUGCAUUGAACGGAACGGAGCCGCUGCCUGCAAAUGUAUUGAUGAGUACCAGGGUAACCCGUACGAGGGUUGUCGUCCCGAGUGCGUACUGAGCUCAGAUUGUCCCACGGACAAGACAUGCAUCCGCAACAAGUGCCAGGAUCCUUGCCCAGGAAUUUGUGGAUUGAAUGCCCAGUGCUAUGCUGUGAACCAUGUGCCCAACUGUGUCUGCGACGAUGGCUAUACUGGAGAUCCGUUCGCCAGUUGUCGUCGAGUGGAGGUCACAACACCACCACCAGUUGCAGAUCCUUGCAUUCCGUCCCCCUGCGGAGCCAACAGCAAAUGCAGGGUCGCCAAUGGCUUAGCCGUAUGCUCAUGCCUGGAUACAUUUAUUGGAGCCCCACCGAAUUGCAAACCAGAGUGCACAGUUAAUGCCGAGUGUCCUUCAACCAAGGCAUGCCACAAGUUCCGUUGCGCUAAUCCUUGCGCCAAGACGUGUGGCCUGAAUGCGAAGUGUGAAGUGAUUAACCAUAAUCCCAUCUGUAGUUGUCCCUUGGACAUGACGGGUGAUCCAUUCGCUCGCUGCUACCCAGCUCCGCCACCGCCGCCUCCAGGACCCAAGGAUGAGCCCGUUAGGAGACCAUGCCAACCCUCGCCAUGUGGAUUGAACUCGGAAUGCAGAGUGCGUGACGAUCAGGCCUCGUGCUCUUGCCUGCCCAACUUUAUAGGAGCACCACCCAACUGCCGACCCGAAUGUGUUGUAAACACGGAUUGUUCGCCGGACCGAGCUUGCAUUGCAGAGAAGUGCCGUGAUCCGUGCGAUGGAUCCUGCGGAGUCGGAUCCGAAUGUCGUGUUCAGAACCACUUGGCCAUCUGCACUUGCCCUGGAGGAUUCACCGGUGAUCCGUUUGUUCGUUGCUUCGAGUACAUCGAAGAGAUCACAAAGUCACCUCCACUCACACAGGAUCCUUGCGAUCUGCAGCCAUGCGGAUCGAAUGCAGAGUGCCGAAACGGCAUCUGUAGCUGCCUCUCGGACUACCAGGGAGAUCCCUACACCGGCUGUCGUCCAGAGUGUACAUUGAGUACUGACUGCGCACCUACCAAGGCUUGCUUGAACAAGAAGUGUGUUGAUCCUUGUCCAGGAGUAUGUGGCCAGAACUCGCAGUGUGAUGUUUCGAACCACAUACCGAUUUGCAGUUGCCUGCAGGGCUACACAGGCGAUCCGUUUGUCCACUGUCGCCACGAGACGCCAGUCGCCAAGGAUCCAUGCCAACCGAACCCAUGCGGCCCCAACAGCUUGUGCCAUAUAUCCGGACAAGGACCUGUCUGCGCCUGUCAACCGGGAAUGCUGGGCUCACCGCCCGCCUGCAAACCAGAGUGCAUUGUCAGCUCCGAGUGCUCGUUGCACACUGCCUGUGUGAACAGAAAGUGCGUCGAUCCUUGCCCCGGAGCCUGUGGGCAAUUUGCACGCUGCCAGGUGAUCAACCACAACCCGUCGUGCUCAUGCAACACGGGCUACACUGGUGAUCCGUUCACGCGAUGCUACCAGGAGGAACGCAAGCCACCACCGACACCAGAAAACCCAUGCCAGCCAUCUCCUUGCGGACCGAAUUCCGAGUGCAAGGUGCUGAAUGGAAACGCUGCCUGCUCGUGUGCGGCCACCUUCAUUGGAACGCCACCAAGCUGCCGACCCGAGUGCUCCAUCAAUCCGGAAUGUCCACCAACCAAGGCCUGUAUCCGCCAAAAGUGUUCGGAUCCGUGUGUGAAUGCCUGUGGAUUUAAUGCCCGCUGCAAUGUGGCCAAUCAUCAACCCAUCUGCACAUGCGAUGUGGGCUAUACCGGAGAUCCGUUUACUGGCUGUCAGAAGGAGCAAGAACGCAUUGUCAAUGAGCAGGUGACUCCCUGCGAGCCCAAUCCCUGUGGCUCGAAUGCGGUUUGCCGUGAGAGGAAUGGCAUCGGUUCCUGCCAGUGCCUGCCCGAUCACUUUGGCGACCCGUAUCAGUCGUGUCGUCCGGAGUGCGUACGCCACUCGGACUGCGCCUCCAAUAAGGCGUGCCAGCAGCAGAAGUGUCGCGAUCCCUGUCCAGGCACCUGCGGCAGCAAUGCGGACUGCAGUGUUACGAACCACCUGCCCACCUGUACAUGCCGCAUUGGAUACACGGGUGAUCCGUACCGUUACUGCCACGUGGACCCACCCCAACUCCCUGCCCGAGUGACCGAACCAUCACAACCUUGCCGCCCCUCACCUUGUGGUCCCAACUCCCAGUGCCGCGAACUCAACGGCCAGGCCGUGUGCUCCUGCCUGGAGCUCCACAUCGGCCUGCCACCCAACUGCCGACCCGAGUGUGUGCUGAGCACAGAGUGUCCCACCGAUAAGGCUUGCAUCAGUCAACGUUGUCAGGAUCCGUGUCCAGGCACUUGUGGCAUCAAUGCCGAGUGCCGGGUGCGUAAUCAUAGUCCUCUGUGUCAGUGUCGUCAAGGUUUCACCGGUGACUCCUUUACCCGUUGCUAUCCCCUGCCACCCCCACCGCCUGUAAUCGAACGAGUUGAGCGUGAUCCUUGCCUGCCAUCGCCCUGCGGAUUGAAUAGCCAAUGCCGCAAUGUACAAGGUGUGCCGUCCUGUAGCUGUCUGCCAGAGUUCUUGGGCGCGCCACCCAACUGUAGGCCGGAGUGCACGAUCAGUGCAGAGUGUCCCUCUAAUCUCGCUUGCAUACGGGAGAAGUGCAUAGAUCCCUGUCCCGGUUCCUGUGGCUAUGCCGCCGAGUGUAGUGUAGUUAACCAUACGCCCAUUUGUGUCUGUCCCGCUGGCUUUACGGGUGAUCCGUUCUCCAGCUGUCGUCCAGCGCCGCCACCAGAGCCCGUACAAAGCGAAUAUGUGGAUCCCUGUAACCCAUCACCUUGUGGCUCGAAUGCCCAAUGCAACGCAGGAGUCUGUACUUGUCUGGCCGAAUUCCAUGGCGAUCCCUACUCUGGUUGCCGUCCCGAGUGUGUUCUAAACUCCGACUGUCCCAGGGACAAGGCUUGCCAUCGCAGCAAGUGCGUCAACCCUUGCCCAGGAACUUGUGGCGAGAAUGCCAUUUGCGAUGUCAUCAAUCACAUACCCAUGUGCAGAUGUCCCGAACGCACCGCUGGCAGCGCGUUUAUCCGCUGCUCUCCUGUGCAGAGUACGUCGAAUUGGUUAACCUUCUCAAAAGCUCCUCUAACAAUUGUCCCCCUAGUUACCGUAUCUAAUCCCUGCCGACCCUCACCUUGUGGUCCAAACUCGCAGUGCCGAGAGACAAAUCAGCAAGCGGUGUGUUCGUGCCUGCCAAGCUUCAUUGGAACUCCGCCAUCCUGCAGACCCGAGUGCACCUCCAAUGCGGAGUGUGCACCCACUCAAGCUUGCCUGAACCAACGGUGUGGAGAUCCCUGCCCCGGAACAUGUGGAGUGGGUGCUAAUUGCGCUGUUGUCAGCCAUAGCCCCUUCUGCACAUGUCCUGAGAGGUUUACGGGUAAUCCCUUCAUUCGUUGCCAGCCCCAGAGUAAGACCAUUAUGCCGGAAAAAGAGUCAUCUUUACAAGAGUUACCUUUCCCAGUUGAACCUCCCGUUCGUGAUGUUGUGCCCGUUGAUCCAUGUCGCCCAUCUCCCUGUGGACCUUACUCCCAGUGUCGCCCUGUUGGUGAGGCCCCUGCUUGUUCCUGUCUGGAGACCUAUAUUGGACGUCCUCCGAACUGUCGACCAGAGUGUGUGACCAGCUCGGACUGCACCAGCCAACAGGCCUGUGUGAACCAGAAGUGUGUCGACCCUUGUCCAGGACGCUGUGGCCUUAAUGCCGAGUGCUUUGUGGUUAGCCACGCCGUGCAAUGUAUUUGCCAGCAGGGCUUCAGCGGAGACCCGUUCGUGCAGUGCAAACCGGAGAUCGCAUAUGAAAAUGAAAUCCGUACUCCGUGCAGUCCGAGUCCUUGUGGGCCGAAUGCCGUAUGCCGCGAUCGCAACGGAGUUGGAUCCUGCCAGUGCCUGCCGGAAUACUUUGGAGAUCCUUACGCAGGCUGUCGCCCGGAGUGCAUGCUUGACUCAGACUGUCCGUCCAACCGGGCGUGCCAACAACUGAGAUGCCAGGACCCAUGCCCAGGAACCUGUGGGCUGAAUGCCAACUGUCAAGUGGUGAACCAUCUGCCAACCUGUACUUGCCUGACCGGAUAUGUGGGUGAUCCAUACCGUCAAUGUAAUCGACUGCCAGAACCUCCGCAAAACGAAUAUGUAAACCCAUGUCAGCCGACACCUUGUGGUCCCAACUCCCAGUGCCGCGUUUCGAAUGAGCAGGCGGUUUGCUCUUGCCUGCCCCUGUUCGUAGGAACUCCACCAUCCUGCCGACCCGAGUGUACCAUCUCCUCGGAGUGUUCUGCUGAUAGGGCUUGUGUUAAUCAGAAAUGUGUGGAUCCUUGCGCGGCGGAUACAUGUGGAAAUAAUGCCAUAUGUAGAGUGCGCAACCACAGCCCUAUUUGCAGUUGCAUUAGCGGCUACACAGGCGACGCCUUUACUCGAUGCUUCCCUAUUCCACCGCCGAUUAUUGAGACCAAGGACGAACCUUUGAGGGAUCCCUGUAUACCAACACCCUGCGGUCCUAACUCCGAGUGCCGGAACAUCAAUGGUGUGCCUGCCUGUUCCUGUCUGGCUAAUUUCAUUGGCCAGGCACCAAAUUGUCGCCCUGAGUGCACGAUCAACUCCGAAUGUCCCAGUCAGCUGGCAUGUAUUAACCAAAAGUGUCGCGAUCCCUGCCCAGGAGCCUGCGGUCAGAACGCCGUUUGCAGUGUCAUCAAUCACACACCACUGUGCGCCUGCAUCGAUGGUUACAUAGGAAAUCCGUUUACCAGCUGCAACCCCAAACCUCCAGAACCCCCCGCGCCACCAGUUGCCGACGAUCCUUGCAAUCCAUCGCCUUGCGGAGCUAAUGCUCUGUGCCGUAAUGGCCAAUGCUCUUGUAUACCUGAGUACCAAGGGGAUCCAUACGUCUCGUGUCGUCCUGAGUGUGUGCUCAACACCGACUGCCCAAGGGAUCGGGCCUGUGUGCGCAACAAAUGCAUCGAUCCCUGUCCUGGAACUUGUGGGGUGAACGCCCUGUGCGAGGUUAAUAACCAUAUCCCUAUUUGCCGUUGUCCAGAGCAAAUGUCUGGUAAUGCCUUCUUUGAGUGUCGACCUGUGCCGCCUGCCAAGAUUCAAAAUCCCUGCCAACCGUCGCCUUGUGGCCCGAACAGCCAGUGCCGUGUGGUGCAACAAACUGCGGUCUGUUCCUGCCUGGCCAACUACGUGGGCAGCCCGCCGCAAUGUCGGCCGGAAUGUGUAACCAACUCGGACUGUCCUGCCGAUCAGGACUGCCAAAAUAUGAAGUGUCGCGACCCGUGUCCUGGUACUUGUGGCUUUAACGCCCUGUGCAACGUCGUCAACCACCGUCCCUUCUGCAGCUGCCCCACAGGCAUGUCCGGAAAUCCGUUCGUGAGCUGUCAGCCGCUAAUUAUACGCGAUGAAAGACCUCAAAAUCCCUGCCAGCCUUCUCCAUGCGGUCCCAACUCCGAAUGUCGUGUAUCUGGAGACUCGCCAUCUUGUUCAUGUCUACCUGAAUUUGUGGGAGCACCGCCCAACUGCCGACCCGAGUGUAUAUCCAACUCCGAGUGUCCCUCAAACCAGGCUUGUAUAAACCAGAAAUGUGUGGAUCCCUGCCCUGGGCUGUGUGGUCAGAAUGCCAUUUGUCGGGUGUUCAGUCAUAGUGCCAUGUGCUUGUGUGACGGUGGCUUCACCGGAGAUCCGUUUAGUCAGUGUAGUCCAAUAAGAGAUAGUCCUCCUGAAGUUCUGCAGCCCUGCAACCCCAGUCCUUGCGGCGUCAAUGCAAAGUGCGAGGAACGUGGUGGUGCAGGAUCCUGCCAGUGUCUACCUGAUUACUUUGGAAAUCCAUAUGAUGGCUGCCGUCCCGAGUGCGUUCUGAACUCUGACUGCCAGUCAAAUCAGGCAUGUGUCAACCAGAAAUGCCGUGAUCCCUGUCCCGGCACCUGUGGCCAAAACGCCGAGUGCCAGGUGAUCAAUCACUUGGCCACCUGUAAUUGUUUGGUUGGAUACAACGGCGAUCCGUACAGCAUAUGCCGCAUCACAGUCAAUGAGCCGCCUGAACGUGUCUAUGUGAACCCUUGUCAGCCGUCUCCAUGCGGUCCCAACUCGCAAUGUCGUGAAGUAAACGAGCAAGGAGUUUGUUCCUGCUUGCCAGAGUUCAUUGGCAGUCCGCCUGCCUGUCGUCCGGAAUGCACCAGCAGCUCCGAGUGCGCCGCCGACAAGGCUUGUGUGAAUCGCAAAUGUGUGGAUCCUUGUCCAAACGUUUGUGGUCAACAGGCCGAGUGUCGUGUGCGUAACCACAAUCCCAUUUGUACUUGCCUUAGUGGAUUCACUGGUGAUCCAUUCACUCGUUGCUACCGCCAGCCGCCUCCCCCUCCAAUCAUCGAACGUGAACCCCUUGACCCUUGUGUUCCUUCACCCUGCGGUGCAAACUCUCAGUGUCGCGAAAUUCACGGCACACCAUCCUGCUCCUGCCUUCCACAAUAUUUGGGUACUCCACCUAAUUGCCGUCCAGAAUGUUCCAUCAAUGCCGAGUGUCCCAGUCAUCAGGCCUGUAUUAAUCAAAAAUGCAGGGACCCCUGCCCUGGCUCUUGUGGUCUUAACACUCAGUGCAAUGUCAUCAACCAUACGCCAAUCUGCAGUUGUCUCUCGGGUUAUAUAGGUGACCCAUUCAGCGUUUGCAACCCACAGCCAAUACCCGAGAAAAUUCGAGACCCACUGCCACCGGAGGAUCCGUGCAACCCAUCACCAUGUGGCUCUAACACACAAUGCAACAAUGGAGUUUGUUCUUGCCUGCCCGAAUACCACGGUGACCCGUACAGCGGAUGUCGUCCAGAGUGCGUUCUGCACACGGAUUGUGAUCGUAGUCGAGCUUGUGUCCGUCACAAGUGUGUUGAUCCUUGUCCCGGUAUUUGUGGCACCAACGCGAUAUGCGAGGUUCUAAACCACAUACCCAACUGCCGUUGUCUAGAAGGAAUGCAAGGCAAUGCCUUUAUCCAGUGUAGCCCAGUUCCACAGCUUGACGUCGUCCAGAAUCCGUGCCAACCCUCGCCUUGUGGACCAAACUCACAGUGUCGCGUCAUUAAUCAGCAAGCAAUCUGCUCUUGCAUCACCUCCUUCAUUGGAAGUCCGCCAUUCUGCCGACCUGAAUGCACUACAAACUCGGAGUGUCCCUUGAACCUGGCGUGUCGCAACCAGAAGUGCAGUGACCCCUGUCCCGGCGUCUGUGGUCGCGGUGCCCAGUGCCAUGUGACUAACCACAGUCCAUUCUGCCGCUGCUUAGAGCGCUACACGGGUAAUCCGUUUGUGAGUUGCCAGCAGAUCAUAGAGCCUCCGGUUCCACCACCACGGCAAACUUGCCUGCCAUCUCCCUGCGGACCCUAUUCCCAAUGUCGUGAAGUUAACGACUCACCUUCUUGCACUUGCCUGCCAGAAUACAUUGGAGCUCCACCUAACUGUCGCCCAGAGUGCGUGACCAGCUCAGAGUGUCCCACGAAUCAGGCGUGCAUUCAGCAAAAGUGUCGCGAUCCUUGCCCAGGAUUAUGUGGACAAUCUGCGGAAUGCCGAGUCCUUUCACACACUCCGAGCUGCGUUUGUCCCGAAGGCAUGGAAGGUGAUCCGUUUACUUUAUGUAAGGAAAAGAGGAUUCAAGAGCUAGAUCAGCUAGACCCGUGCAGUCCCAGUCCUUGUGGAAUCAAUGCCCGUUGCACUUCUCGCCAAGAUGCCGGCUCAUGUCAGUGCCUGCCAGAAUACUUUGGCAAUCCGUACGAGGGAUGUCGCCCUGAGUGCGUUCUCAAUUCGGACUGCCCAUCGAACAAGGCUUGUCAACAGCAGAAGUGUCAGGAUCCCUGUCCAGGAACCUGUGGUCAGAAUGCUCUCUGCAAUGUCCUGAAUCAUGUGCCCAGUUGUAGCUGUAUAUCGGGAUAUUCCGGUGAUCCAUACCGCUCGUGUGUGCCAGAACCGAUCAAGGAAUAUGUCAAUCCCUGCCAGCCAUCGCCGUGUGGCCCGAAUUCUCAGUGCCGUGAGGCGAAUGAACAAGCCAUAUGCUCAUGUCUUCCGGAAUAUGUGGGAGCACCCCCUGUGUGUCGCCCAGAGUGUACGAUAUCUUCAGAGUGCCCUACUGACAAGGCCUGUGUGAACCAGAAAUGUGUUGACCCUUGUCCAAGCACUUGUGGGGAUCAAGCGAUCUGUCGAGUGGUAAACCACAGUCCGAUUUGCUCAUGUCGUGCCGGUUACACGGGCGACGCCUUCUUCCGCUGUUUCCCCAAGCCCCCUGUACCACCAACACCAGUACAAAAGACUCCGGUUGAUCCCUGUGUGCCCUCACCUUGUGGCCCGUACUCCCAGUGCCGGUCCCAGGGAGAUGCCCCUGCCUGUUCCUGUUUGGUCGGGUACAUAGGAGCCCCUCCAAAUUGCCGACCCGAAUGUCGCAUCAACGCGGAGUGUCCUAGCAGUCAAGCGUGUAUUAAUGAGAAAUGUAGAGAUCCGUGUCCCGGCUCUUGCGGCUAUGGUGCCAUUUGCAAUGUGAUCAAUCACACGCCUAGUUGCACCUGUCCAGCAGGAUACUCCGGUGAUCCAUUUAGUCAGUGUCAGCCUCUGCCACCUCCGCUUCCAACACCCGUUAAGCUCGACGAUCCAUGCAACCCCUCACCCUGCGGUCCAAAUGCUCAGUGCAAUAAUGGAGUCUGUACUUGCAUUCCGGAAUACCAUGGCGAUCCCUACAGCGGUUGCCGACCCGAAUGCAUCACCAGCGCGGAUUGUUCACGUGAACUUGCCUGUUCAAGGAACAAGUGCUUCGAUCCUUGUCCCGGUACCUGUGCCCCCAAUGCCAUUUGUACUGUCCUUAACCACGUGCCCAUGUGCACUUGUCCGGAGGGAUAUAAUGGCAAUGCAUUCGUUCAGUGUAAACCUACACCACCCCCCGUCCUUGUCCAGCCUUGCCAACCCUCUCCGUGUGGACCCAACUCCCAAUGCCGCGAAAUCAACCAGCAAGCUGUUUGCUCAUGUGUGCCAGGAUACAUUGGAACCCCACCACUCUGUCGACCGGAGUGUACGUCGAACUCGGAGUGUUUGUCCCACCUGGCGUGUGUUAACCAAAAGUGCAGCGAUCCCUGUCCCGGUUCAUGUGGCCGUAAUGCCCAGUGCAGUGUGGUUAACCACAAUCCCUUCUGUACGUGCUUGCCAAGGUUCACUGGCAAUCCUUUCGUGGGUUGUCAGCAGAUUAUCGAGCCACCACGUCAAGAUAUUGUGCCACAGGAUCCGUGCCGACCGUCACCUUGUGGACCGAACUCUGAAUGUCGCGCCGUUGGUGAGACACCCACUUGUACGUGCCUUGCUGAUUUUGUGGGCUCACCGCCGUAUUGCAAACCCGAAUGCGUGGCCAAUUCAGAGUGUCCCUCGAACCUGGCAUGUAUCAAUCAAAAGUGUCGCGAUCCCUGUCCUGGAUUGUGCGGUUCAAGUGCUACUUGCCGCGUCGUCUCUCAUACAGCAAUGUGCAUUUGUGAUGCUGGCUUGACCGGAGAUCCGUUCACACAAUGUCAACCCAUUGUGCAGGAUGUUGAGAUCAUUAAUCCUUGCCAGCCAUCACCUUGCGGAGCCAAUGCCGAGUGCAUCCAACGGAAUGGAGCCGGAGCCUGCCAGUGUCUCACAGACUAUUUCGGAAAUCCCUACGAAGGCUGUCGGCCGGAGUGUGUUUUGAACUCGGACUGUCCAGCAAACCGAGCCUGUCAGCAGCAGAAGUGCCGUGAUCCUUGUCCCGGAAGCUGCGGACAAAACGCCGAAUGCAAUGUGGUCAACCACACACCGAUGUGCAACUGCUUCGCUGGAUUUAUAGGCGAUCCGUACCGCUAUUGUAGCCAGCCGCCAGAACCUAUUGUCCAUGAGUAUGUGAAUCCCUGUCAACCAUCCCCCUGUGGCCCGAACUCAAAUUGUCGCGAGAUUAGUGAGCAGGCAGUAUGCUCCUGCCGUCUAGAAUUUGAGGGUGCCCCACCCAACUGCCGGCCACAAUGCACCUCGAGCUCAGAGUGCGCCCCCAACAGGGCGUGCAUCAAUCAAAAAUGCGUUGAUCCUUGUCCCGGUGUUUGUGGCCAGCAAGCAAUCUGCGAGGUUCGCAACCACAGUCCCAUUUGUAAGUGUCCCACCGCCAUGACCGGCGAUCCCUUCGUGCGCUGUGUACCCCGACCAACAAUUGCCCCGCCACCCUUGAGAGAUGUAGCUCCCUAUCGCGAUCCCUGCCUCCCCUCACCAUGUGGCCUGUAUGCGUCAUGCAGGAAUCAACAGGACCAAGCGAUUUGCUCUUGCUUGCCAAACUAUUUCGGUACUCCGCCCCAUUGUCGUCCCGAGUGCACCAUCAAUGCAGAGUGCCCAAGCCACUUGGCCUGCAUUGGCGAGCGCUGCCGUGAUCCCUGUCCUGGUGCUUGUGGUCAACAGACCGAGUGCCGUGUUAUCAGUCACGUUCCCAGUUGCGUUUGCCUUCGCGGCUAUGUGGGCGAUGCAUUCCUGGCCUGCCACCCGGCACCACCCCCACCAUCCCGUGAAGAGCCCCGCGAUCCAUGCAACCCCAGUCCAUGCGGCAGCAAUGCCAUCUGUUCCAAUCAGGGCGAGUGUACAUGCGUGGCCGACUAUCAGGGAGACCCCUAUGUGGCCUGCAGACCCGAGUGUGUUCUCAGUUCUGAGUGUCCCCGAAAUCUGGCCUGUAUACAACAGAAGUGUACCGAUCCUUGUCCCGGAACCUGUGGCACCAAUGCCAUCUGCGAUGUGGUCAACCACAUUGCCAUGUGCCAUUGUCCCGAUCGAAUGACAGGAAACGCUUUUGUCCAAUGUACUCCAGUGCAGCUUGAUGUAUACCGUAACCCGUGCAAUCCCUCGCCAUGCGGCUCCUAUGCUGAAUGUCGGGAGCAGAACGGUCAAGCGGUGUGCAGUUGUCUUCCCAACUACUUUGGGGUGCCUCCCUCGUGUCGACCAGAGUGUAGCACCAACUACGAUUGUUCCCCAAGUUUGGCGUGUCAGAAUCAGCGGUGUGUCAAUCCGUGUCCUGGAGCUUGUGGCACUUAUGCCGAGUGCCGAACGGUCAACCACAGUCCCUUCUGUAGUUGCAGACCCGGCUAUACGGGAAAUCCCAUUGUCCAAUGUCAUAUGAUUAUUGAGCCCCAGCGGGAUAUUACGCCCAUAGAUCCUUGCCAGCCCUCACCCUGUGGUCCAAACAGCGAGUGCCGUCGCGUAGGAGAAACACCCUCCUGCUCGUGCCUGUCCAACUUCUUUGGCACUCCGCCCAAUUGUCGACCCGAAUGCGUCUCCAAUUCCGAGUGCAGUCAGGUGCACGUUUGCACGAAUAACCGCUGCAAGGACCCGUGCCCGGGUCUCUGCGGAACUGAUGCCGUGUGCCGCGUGAUAAGUCACAGUGCUAUGUGCUACUGUCAGCCGGGUUACAGCGGCGAUCCUUUCGUCCGCUGUGUGCCACAGAUCCAAAGGCAACCGAUUGAGAUAGUGCAACCCUGCAACCCCAAUCCUUGCGGCACUUUUGCCGAGUGUCGCCAGCAAAAUGGAGUCGGAUCCUGUCAGUGUCUACCAGAGUACUUCGGCAAUCCUUACGAAGGAUGUCGUCCUGAAUGUGUACUUGACUCUGAUUGCUCCUCUCAGCUGGCCUGUGUCAAUCAGAAAUGCCGUGAUCCCUGUCCCGGAAGCUGCGGACAAAAUGCCGAAUGCUUUGUACGCAAUCACCUGCCCACUUGCAACUGCCUCAGUGGCUAUGUAGGUGACCCAUAUCGGUAUUGUAGCAUCGAACCGAAACGUAAGCAGACCUCGCUAUCGUACCCCCGACAUAUGCCUCAACACAUCAUAUACUCUUUUAUAGCCAUUCGCGAGUAUGUCAACCCCUGUCAACCCACUCCUUGUGGUCCUAACUCUCAGUGCCGCGAGCAGAAUGGUGUGGCCACAUGCUCUUGCUUGCCAGAAUAUGUGGGCACUCCGCCGGGUUGUCGUCCCGAGUGUACGGUAUCCUCUGAGUGCAAUCUUGACAAGGCCUGCGUUCGUCACAAGUGCCUGGAUCCUUGUCCUGGUGCUUGCGGCAGCUCUGCCAAUUGCCAGGUGGUGAACCACGCUCCACUCUGCUCUUGUCAAGCGGGUUACACAGGAGACCCAUUUACCCGAUGCUACCCCAUUCCCCCUCCACCUACACAUAUUGUCCAUGAUUACGCGCGCGAUCCAUGCCAACCAUCUCCCUGCGGAGCCAAUGCCCAAUGUAGACCAUCCCAGGGUCAAGCCAUCUGCUCCUGCAUACCCAACUACUUUGGUGUUCCACCCAAUUGUCGACCCGAGUGCACUCAAAGCUCAGAGUGCCUGUCCAGUCUGGCCUGCAUCAAUCAACGAUGCGCGGAUCCCUGUCCUGGCUCCUGUGCCUACAACGCCAUUUGCCAUGUGCGUAAUCACGUGCCCAGUUGUCAGUGCCCAGUUGGCUAUGUGGGUGAUCCGUUCUCCAACUGUCACCCUGAACCCCAGCCACCACCCAAACCCGUUGCUCUCGAUGAUCCGUGCAAUCCAUCGCCCUGUGGCCCCAAUGCUCUCUGCCAAAAUGGUCAAUGUUCGUGUUUACCCGAGUACCAAGGAGAUCCUUAUACCGGCUGUAGGCCGGAAUGUGUAUUAAAUGCGGAUUGUGCGCGAAAUCGUGCUUGUGUUCGACAUAAGUGUGUGGAUCCCUGUCCGGGAACGUGUGCACCGAAUGCCAUCUGCGAUGUGCUUAACCACAUUGCCAUGUGCCGUUGCCCAGAGCGUAUGACAGGCAAUGCCUUCAUUCAAUGUGAAACCCCGCCAGUGUCGCUGGCACCUCCAGAUCCGUGUUACCCAUCGCCCUGUGGUCCGAACAGUCGGUGCCGUGUGUUCAACAACAACGCUGUGUGUUCCUGUAUUGAGGAUUUCAUUGGAACGCCACCAAAUUGCCGACCGGAGUGUACGCAUAACUCGGAUUGCCUGCCUAGACUGGCGUGUCAGAGGCAGCAUUGUAUAGAUCCGUGCCCAGGAACUUGUGGUUUUAAUGCACUUUGCCACGUUGUGAACCAUGCACCAAUUUGCAGUUGUCCGCCAAGGCACAAUGGAAACCCCUUCUUGGGAUGUUUCCCGGAACCCGUGCGACGCGAUGAGUUGAUUCCAAAGAACCCGUGCCAACCCUCACCUUGUGGUCCAUAUGCUAAAUGCACUUCUGUGGGCGAUCAGGCGCAGUGCAGUUGUCUGCCGGAGUACAUUGGCACUCCGCCAAACUGUCGCCCGGAGUGUAUCACCAAUUCGGAAUGCUCCUUCGACAAGGCCUGCUUAAGCCAAAGAUGUCGCGAUCCCUGCUCGGGAACUUGCGGUUCCAACGCCAAUUGCCACGUUAUAAGUCAUAGUGCCAUGUGCUACUGUCUACCAGGAUAUACUGGGGACCCAUUCACUUCCUGUGGCCUAAUACCAGUAAUUCAGCAAACCGAGGUCGUUCAGCCUUGUUCUCCCAAUCCUUGUGGAGCCAAUGCUGUAUGUCGCCAGGAGGGCCAUGUUGGUUCUUGCCAAUGUCUUCCCGAAUACUAUGGAAAUCCCUACGAGAUAUGUCGGCCGGAAUGUGUGACGAAUAACGAUUGUCCAUCGGACAAGGCUUGUCAACAGCAGAAGUGUCGCGAUCCCUGUCCAGGAGUCUGUGCCCUCAAUGCUUUGUGUCGCGUGAUCAAUCACAUACCAACUUGUCAUUGUCAGAACGGCUUUGUUGGUGACCCAUAUCGCUAUUGUCAAAUUCCCGAGAAACCUGUCCUUAAAGAAUAUGUCAAUCCCUGCCAGCCUUCCCCGUGUGGCCCCAACUCGGAGUGCCGUGAAAACAACGAGCAGGCCAUCUGCACAUGUCUGCCCGAGUACGUCGGUGCGCCACCCAAUUGUCGACCUGAGUGCGUAACCAGUUCAGAGUGUUCUCAUGACAAGGCGUGCAUUAGGCAAAAGUGUAGUGAUCCCUGCCCCGGUGUGUGUGGUUCAAAUGCCGAUUGCCGUGUUAUCCAGCAUGCACCUAUUUGUAGUUGUCGUGCCGGAUUCACAGGCGAUGCCUUCUCACGCUGCCUACCCCUGCCACCCCCACGGCCACCGCAGUUGGAUGUGUACCGCAAUCCUUGUGUACCAUCGCCUUGCGGCCAGUAUGCAGAGUGUCGGGAUAACCAGGGAACUGCCACUUGUAGUUGUCGGCCCUCCUAUUUCGGCACCCCGCCCAACUGUCGCCCCGAGUGUACGAUAAACCCCGACUGCCCCUCUCACUUGUCCUGCCAACAACAGCAUUGUCGCGAUCCCUGUCCUGGAGCCUGUGGAUUCAAUGCAUUGUGCACAGUUAUUAAUCACAAUCCCACGUGUCAGUGUGCUCCUGGAUUUAUUGGCAAUGCCUUUACAUCCUGCCAUGUUCCACCUCCAGUUGUUCGGGACCCGCCUCAAAUAAGUGAUCCAUGUGCAUUGAUCACUUGCGGGCCCAAUGCCGUUUGCAAUCAGGGACAAUGUACUUGUCUGCCUGAAUUUGUGGGUAACCCAUUAGUUGGUUGUCGACCGGAAUGUGUGUUAAGUACAGAAUGCGACUGGAACAAGGCGUGCGUGAGAAACAAGUGCAUCGAUCCAUGUCCAGGAACAUGCGGAUCCAAUGCCAUAUGUGAGGUGCACAGACAUGUAGCCAUGUGUCACUGUCCACCGGGAAUGACUGGAAAUGCAUUCAGCCAAUGCCGACCCCUGCCACCAGCUCCGGUACGCGAUGUUAUAGAUCCUUGUCAGCCUUCGCCUUGCGGACCAAAUGCCCAGUGUCGCAAUAUCAACGGACAAGCAGUGUGCUCAUGUCUUCCGGACUUUAUCGGUGUUCCACCUUCAUGUCGGCCAGAGUGCGUUAGUAAUGCUGAGUGCCCACUUCAUCUGGCUUGCCUCCAACGUCAUUGCCGAGAUCCUUGCCCCGGAGUCUGUGGCCUGAAUGCCGAAUGCCGGGUCAUAAACCACAGCCCAAGCUGCCAUUGCAUUGGUUCCUUUACGGGAAAUCCAUUCGCGGCUUGUCACCGGCCACCACCGCCACCGAUUAAGCAUGAGCCCAUUGAUCCUUGUCAACCAUCGCCAUGUGGAGCUAAUGCGGAAUGCCGUGUCCAAGGCAGCAAUGCACAAUGCAGUUGUCUAAGUGGUUUCAUUGGCACACCACCCAACUGCCGACCCGAGUGUGUGUCCAACUCAGACUGCCCCACGAAUCUGGCUUGCCUGAAUCAGAAGUGCCGAGACCCAUGCCCAGGUGUCUGUGGCUCCAAUGCUGAAUGUUAUGUGAUUAACCAUACACCCAUGUGCACAUGCCUGGCUGGACAAACCGGCAAUCCUUUUGUAGGCUGUCAAGUGGUACGAGAUGUUCCCGAGCCACAAACUCCCUGUGUGCCCAGUCCAUGCGGAGCCAACGCAGUUUGUUCUGAGAGAAACGGAGCCGGAGCCUGUCAAUGCUUACCGGAAUUCUUUGGCAAUCCCUAUGAAGGCUGCCGACCGGAGUGCGUUCUCAAUUCGGACUGUCCCAGCCACUUGGCUUGCCUUAACCAACACUGCCGCGAUCCCUGUCCCGGAACAUGUGGUACCAAUGCCGAAUGUAGAGUGCGCGAGCACUUGCCACAAUGCAACUGCCAUGUGGGAUAUCAAGGAAAUCCCUACGUUUACUGUAGUGUCCUGCGUGAACCCCUGCCCGAACCAGUUCCCACCCACCCUUGUCAGCCGUCACCUUGUGGUCCGAACUCCCAGUGUCGGGAGUCGAACAACCAGGCAAUUUGCAAGUGUCUGCCCGACUUUAUUGGAUCCCCACCUGCAUGUAGACCCGAGUGCACCAUCUCCAGUGAAUGUGAUUUGACCCUUGCUUGUGUUCAACAACACUGUGUCGAUCCCUGUCCCGGUGUCUGCGGCCAUAGUGCCCAGUGUCGUGUCAUAAAUCACAGUCCUCACUGUAGUUGCUUGCCUGGUUUCACGGGUGAUGCCAUUAGUGGCUGCCAACGAAUUCCACCCGCCAUUAGUUACGAUGCCCCCAAAGAGACCCACCGCGAUCCCUGUGUUCCCUCUCGCUGCGGAGCCUUUGGUCAGUGCCGAGCUCAAGGCAACCAAGCCGUAUGCUCCUGCCUUCCUGGCUACUACGGAUCACCUCCAAAUUGCAGGCCGGAAUGCGUAAUUAACCCGGACUGCGCGUCCCAUUUGGCGUGUAUCAGUGAAAAGUGUCGCGAUCCAUGUCCCGGUUCUUGUGGCCUGCAGGCUCAAUGCAGCGUCAUAAACCACACGCCCAUCUGUAGUUGUCCAUCAGGUUAUCAGGGCAAUCCCUUCAUCAGCUGUCAACGAACUCCACCACCGCCAACUCCACCCCUUCGCGAUGCCUGCAAUCCCUCACCUUGUGGCUCCAAUGCAAUCUGCAGCCCCGGAGGCCAGUGUUCAUGUCUGCCCGACUUUGAUGGCAACCCCUACGUGGGCUGUCGCCCUGAGUGCGUCCUCAAUACGGACUGCGCAAGAGACAAAGCCUGCCAGCGCAGCAAGUGCACCGAUCCUUGUCCAGGAGCCUGUGGUAUUGGAGCAGCUUGCGAGGUUCGCAAUCACAUUCCCACGUGUAAUUGCCCAGCCGGAACAACCGGCAAUGCUUUCGUUCAGUGUACUCUUGUGCAAUCUUCACCUGUGGUGCCCCUAAACCCUUGCCAUCCAUCGCCGUGCGGAAACAAUGCGCAAUGCCGAGAGGCUAACGAUCAGGCCGUUUGCUCUUGUCUACCCGGUUUCUUUGGUGUUCCGCCAAGGUGCCGACCCGAGUGUACCAUUAAUUCAGACUGUGCCCCACAUCUGGCCUGCUUGAACCAGCAGUGUCGGGAUCCUUGUCCUGGAGCCUGCGGCCAGUUCGCUGAAUGCCAGGUCAUCCGGCAUGUGCCGCACUGUAGUUGUCCUUCAGGCUACUCAGGUAAUGCCUUCUUCCUGUGUCAUCGCUUACCGCCACCACCACCAGUCCAACGGGAGCCGCUCAAUCCCUGCUAUCCAUCGCUAUGCGGACCCAAUGCGGAAUGCACAAAUCAGAAUGAACAGGCCAUUUGCAAGUGCCUCAAGGACUACAUAGGAACACCACCCAACUGUCGACCAGAGUGCAUAACGUCAUCGGAGUGUCCGCUUCAGCUGGCUUGUAUUGGUCAGAAAUGCAAGGAUCCUUGUGCUGGACUUUGUGGAAACGCUGCCACCUGUCAAGUUGUCAGCCACGUUCCUUCGUGUAUUUGCGUUGCCGACUAUAUUGGAGACCCUUACACUGGUUGCUAUGCCCGGCCGCCCAUUCAGCGAGAGCAAAUCAAUCCAUGCUACCAGAACCCGUGCGGAAGCAAUGCGAUCUGCAGAGAGCGUGGAGAAGUCGCUUCGUGUCAGUGUCUACCGGAGUAUUACGGUAACCCGUAUGAGGGAUGUCGACCCGAAUGUGUGCUUAACUCGGACUGCUCUAGCCACUUGGCUUGCCUCAAUCAACACUGUCGAGAUCCCUGCCCAGGAAGUUGUGCCCCCAAUGCCCAAUGUCAAGUAGUCAAUCACGUGCCUAGCUGUAGUUGUUAUCCUGGAUAUAGUGGCGAUCCUUAUCGCCAUUGCCAUGUGGUCCAAGCAGAACCCGUUGAAGUUGUGCACUUUAAUCCCUGCCAACCCUCGCCGUGUGGUCCCAACUCACAGUGCACAGAGUCUCAGGGUCAGGCGGUGUGUCGCUGCCUACCCGAUUACUAUGGUUCCCCACCAGCUUGUCGACCCGAGUGCACCACUAAUCCCGAAUGUCCCAAUGAUAAAGCCUGCGUGGCCAGAAGGUGCACCGAUCCUUGCGCGGGUGCUUGUGGUCAGAACGCUAUUUGUCGAGCGCAUCAGCACAGAGCUUAUUGCUCGUGUCAUCCUGGUUAUACAGGUGAUGCCUUCAUGCGUUGCCAACCCUUGCCUCCGCCCCAACCGAUUAGGGAUUCACCAGUAAUCUAUAGGGAUCCCUGUGUGCCCUCGCCCUGUGGACAGUUUGCUCAGUGUCGCGUGGAGUACGAACAAGCGGUAUGCUCUUGUCUUACCUCCUACUAUGGUACUCCGCCAUACUGUCGACCCGAGUGCACACAGAAUUCAGAUUGCCCCAGCCAUAGGUCCUGUGUCAAUCAAAGGUGCGUAGAUCCUUGCCCCGGGGCAUGUGGUCUAAACGCGGAUUGCGAUGUGCUCAAUCACGUGCCUAGCUGUUCAUGUCCCAAGGGUUAUGUGGGAGAUCCCUUCUACCGCUGUUACCCUGCUCCCGCGCCUGCUCCAACACCUGUCACCGUCGUCGCCGAUGAUCCUUGCCAGCCAUCGCCCUGCGGUCCCAAUGCCCAGUGUUCGAACGGUAUCUGCAGUUGUCUGCCCCUGUACCAGGGUGAUCCCUAUGUGGGUUGUCGCCCAGAGUGCGUCCUAAGUACAGAGUGUCCGUGGGACAAGGCCUGCAUCCGCAAUCGUUGCUUGGACCCGUGUCCUGGAACGUGCGGAUCAGGAGCCACAUGCCAGGUGCAUAAUCACGUGGCCAUGUGCCAGUGUCCGGCUGGCUAUCAGGGCAAUCCGUUUGUCUUAUGCCGGCAAACACCACUUCAAACUCCCGCGGAACUCCAUCCCUGCCAGCCUUCACCUUGUGGACACCAUGGAGAGUGUCGAGAAGUUGGCUCGCAAGCCGUUUGCACUUGUCUUCCCGGUUAUUAUGGCAGCCCACCGGCUUGUCGACCGGAAUGUGUCAGCGAUCCGGAGUGCCCACCCAGUUUGGCCUGUGUAAAUCAGAAAUGCCGCGAUCCCUGUCCUGGCGCCUGUGGUCACUUAGCCCAAUGUCAUGUAAUUAACCACAGUCCACAGUGUGUUUGCCCUGCUGGAUAUACCGGAAGUCCUUACUCCGAGUGCCACUUGAUUAGAGCAGAUUACUCACCAGUUCAGCGUCAACCCAUUGAUCCUUGCCUGCCAUCUCCUUGUGGUCCUCAUGCUCAAUGCAGCAAUGAGGGAGGCAACGCAGUUUGUCGCUGCCUGACGGAAUACCUGGGAGUACCACCGUACUGUCGACCCGAAUGCAUCGCCAACAGCGAGUGUCCCAGCGAUAGGGCAUGUAUUAAUCGGAAGUGCCAGGAUCCAUGUCCCGGCCUGUGCGGGCAUAAUGCCAUUUGUCGAACAUACAAUCACCAGCCAAACUGCGUUUGUGCUCCUGGUUUGGUGGGUAAUCCCUUCAACUCCUGCCUGCCCCCCACGCGUCCUCAGAUUCCAACAUCACCUCCCACAACUGCCAUACAAGUGCUUCAGUAUGAGGAACCAUUCAUCAAUGGAUGUGAACCAAAUCCCUGUGGGGCAAACGCGCAGUGCAAUCAGCGAAGAGGAGUAGUCUCUUGCGUCUGUCUGCCAGACUAUUUUGGCAAUCCUUACGAAGCCUGCCGACCGGAGUGUAUUCUGAACUCCGAUUGUCCCUCAAACAGAGCUUGUGUGCAACAAAAAUGUCGCGAUCCAUGUCCCGGAACUUGUGGCCUGAAUGCCGAGUGUCAUGUACUGAAUCAUCUGCCACAGUGUAGAUGUUUCAGUGGGUACACUGGAAAUCCCUUGGCGUACUGCUCGCCUGUUCCAAUAGUCCAAGAAUGUAAGCAUAAAUGCAAUGAUAAACCCAUCACCAAUUUAGAUAAUCCAAAUCAUAUGUUUGCGUCAACCCUUUUAGCUCCUUUGACCCCCUGUGAUCCCUCACCUUGUGGACCCAAUGCCCAGUGUCAACCGUCGCAUAAUGAAGCAGUGUGCUCCUGUUUACCCGAAUUCUAUGGAACCCCACCCAAUUGUCGACCCGAGUGUACUCUAAACUCGGAGUGUGCUUAUGACAAGGCUUGCGUACAUCACAAGUGUGUUGAUCCCUGUCCUGGAAUUUGCGGUAUAAAUGCCGAAUGUCGCGUGCACUAUCACAGUCCCAUAUGCUAUUGCAUUUCUUCGCAUACGGGUGAUCCAUUCACACGAUGCUACGAAAACCCAAAACGUAAGAAUAUAAUUAACAGUUCUUAUGAGGUCCGAAAAUUGGUUAACAAAAAUGAUUUCCAUUAUACACCUUCAACAGCCUUGCGACCCCAAAUAUACGACACGCCUUCUCCUCCAUAUCCGGUCGCUAUACCCGAUCUAGUGUACAUACAACAACAACAACCGGGAAUAGUAAAUAUUCCCUCUGUCCCACAACCGAUAUAUCCUACGCCCCAUCCACCACAAUACAAUGUGAACUAUCCAUCCCCGCAACCGGCGCAUCCCCAAAAUCCGGGAGUUGUAAAUAUACCAUCUGUGCCACAGCCGGUUUACCCAACACCUCAACCACCUGUUUACGAUGUCAACUACCCAACAACGCCAGUACCCCAGUAUCCCGGGGUGGUAAACAUUCCUUCAGCACCUCGACCAGUGCCUCCGACAUCUCAGAGACCUGUGUUUAUUUCAUCACCCGGAAACCCACAGACCACACCGCAACCUGGAGUUAUUAACAUUCCUUCAGUGCCACAACCUGGAUAUCCUACACCACAAAGCCCCGUUUAUGAUGCAAACUAUCCUACUGCUCAAAGUCCUAUUCCGCAACAACCUGGCGUAGUUAAUAUUCCAUCGGUGCCAACUCCAGCAUAUCCUGCACCAAAUCCUCCGGUCAACUAUCCAACGCCAACAUCAUCGCAGAUACCAGUCCAACCGGGAGUUAUCAAUAUACCGUCUGUGCCAAAUCCAACAGCUCCACCACAACAUCCUCCCGUUUUUAUUCCGUCCCCUGAGAGUCCGUCACCAGCUCCAAAGCCUGGCGUAAUUAAUAUUCCGUCCGUACCGCAACCAGAACAUCCAACACCGCAAGUUCCUGUUUAUGACGUGAAUUAUUCAACAACGCCGUCUCCUAUUCCUCAAAAGCCUGGAGUUAUAAAUAUUCCUUCAGCUCCGCAACCAGUGCAUCCUGCACCCAAUCCACCAGUCCACGAUAUUAAUUAUCCAACGACGCCAUCAGUUCCUCAACAACCGGGUGUUCUUAAUAUACCAUCGUACCCAAGGCCAGUGGAAACGACUCCUCAACCGCCUAUAUAUAUACCUUCCCAGGAGCAACCGAAACCAACGCCCGGGCCGGCAGUUAUCAAUGUACCUUCAGUUCCACAACCUGUUUAUCCUACGCCACAGGCCCCUGUUUACGACGUUAACUAUCCAACAUUUCCACCUGUAAUCCCACACCAACCUGGAGUAGUGAACAUUCCAUCGGUGCCACUCCCAACGCCUCCAGUUACCCAACGUCCCGUGUUUGUACCAUCACCUGUUUACACGACUCCCGCACCUCAACCAGGUGUUGUUAACAUACCUUCAGUGGCACAACCAGUACAACCAACUUAUCAACCUCCGGUUGUUCAACGACCUGCUAUAUAUGACGUGUACUACCCGCCGCCGCCAUCCAGGCCGGGUGUGAUCAAUAUUCCUUCGCCCCCAAGGCCCGUAUACCCAGUGCCCCAGCAACCGAUCUACGUUCCGGCACCAGUUCUGCAUAUACCAGCUCCAAGACCAGUUAUUCAUAAUAUUCCAUCAGUACCUCAACCAACAUAUCCACAUCGCAAUCCGCCGAUUCAGGAUGUUAUAUACCCAGCUUCACAACCAAAUCCUCCCGUGCCAGGAAUAGUAAAUAUUCCAUCAGCGCCUCAGCCCGUAUCAACACCAAAUCCUGGUGUGAUAAAUAUUCCCUCGCAAGCAUUGCCUCCGAUCUCAGUACCAACUCCAGGAAUUGUAAACAUUCCAUCGAUCCCGCAACCAACGCCACAGCCAACUCCUUCACCUGGAAUUAUUAAUAUUCCGUCAGUGCCUCAACCGUUCCCAUCGCCAACUCCUGGUGUGAUCAAUAUUCCGCAACAACCAACGCCACCACCUGUGGUUCAGCAGCCCGGAAUUAUAAACAUUCCGUCGGUACCACAACCAAUCACUCCAACUACUCAGCAUCCGAUACAGGAUGUUCACUAUGAAAUCCAGAGACCACAGCCUACACCUGGGGUAGUCAACAUUCCAUCUGUGCCACAGCCUACGUAUCCAACUCAAAAACCAUCUUACCAGGAUGUCAGUUACCCAACUGUACAGCCAAAUCCUCCCGUACCUGGAACUAUUAAUAUUCCCUCGGUGCCCCAGCCAGUGCCAUCAGCAACGCCUGGAGUGAUCAAUUUGCCUUCACAGCCAUCUUAUCCGACACCAAUUCCAAAACCUGGAAUUAUAAACAUUCCGGCGGUACCACAACCAAUCCCUCCAACUACUCAGCAUCCGAUACAGGAUGUUCACUAUGAAAUCCAGAGACCACAGCCUACACCUGGGGUAGUCAACAUUCCAUCUGUGCCACAGCCUACGUAUCCAACUCAAAAACCAUCUUACCAGGAUGUCAGUUACCCAACUGCACAGCCGAAUCCUCCGGUACCUGGAACUAUUAAUAUUCCCUCGGUGCCCCAGCCAGUGCCAUUACCAACGCCUGGAGUGAUCAAUUUGCCAUCACCGCCAUCUUAUCCGACACCAAUUCCAAAGCCUGGAAUCAUCAAUGUUCCCUCGAUACCGCAACCUAUACCAUCAACACCACAAAAUCCUGUGCAAGAGGUUUAUCACGAUACUCAGAAGCCCCAAGCAAUUCCCGGUGUGGUUAAUAUUCCAUCUGUUCCGCAGCCCACUCCUGAUCGCCCUAAUUAUGAUGUGGCAAAACCAGAUUUCGAGUUCAACCCGUGCUAUCCAUCGCCUUGCGGUCCAUACUCUCAUUGUCACAAUCGAUUUGGAGUAGCUGCCUGUGUUUGCCUACCCAAUUACAGAGGAACUCCGCCGAAUUGCCGACCAGAAUGCGUAAUUAAUUCGGAUUGUCCAUCAACUUUGGCCUGCAUCAAUGAAAAGUGCCGAGAUCCUUGUCCAGGAUCUUGUGCUUACAAUGCCGUGUGCCGAGUGCAUAACCAUGUGCCUAAUUGUUACUGCCAGAAUGGCUACACCGGAAAUCCAUUUAUUUCCUGUCAACGUACACCUAUAGCUCCUGUGCAACGUGAGCCCACUGAGGCGAAGGAUCCUUGCUAUCCAUCUAUUUGCGGACCAAACGCUGUGUGCAAUAAUGGAAAGUGCAGCUGCAUACCGGAAUAUCGAGGUGAUCCCUAUGUGGGCUGUAGGCCCGAAUGUAUUCUCAAUACAGACUGCGCCAGGGAUAAGGCUUGCAUUCAACAGAAGUGCAAGGAUCCGUGUCCAGGCACUUGUGGAUUACAGGCCCUGUGUCAUGUGUACAACCAUGUGGCCACCUGCACUUGUCCGGAAGGAAUGCAGGGCGAUGCCUUUGUGAGAUGUGAUCCAAAACCCAAGCCUCAACCGCCAGCGCCAGCACCACCUACAACCUUGCCGGCCAUCGUACCGCAACGUGCUCCGAUUAAUCCCUGCCAGCCCACUCCCUGUGGACCCAACUCCAGGUGCACAGCUUUCCAUGAGCAGGCGAUUUGCUACUGCCUGCCAAAUUUCAUUGGCACGCCACCAGGCUGUCGUCCAGAGUGUACCUCCAACUCAGACUGUCCCCUCGACAAGUAUUGUCUGAAUCUCAGGUGUCGGGAUCCGUGUCCCGGAGCUUGUGGCAUUCGUGCCAUUUGUCAUGUCCAGAACCACGGUCCCUUAUGCGUGUGUCCCACCCAUUUGACCGGUAAUCCCCUGCUGGCCUGUCAACCCAUAGGUAUACCAGAAAAAUCGCCCAAACCAAAAGACCACUUUUCUAAUACCACUAUUUUAGUUAUUCCCCCUGUAGAGCGCGAUGAAGUGAAUCCCUGCCAGCCCUCGCCCUGUGGCCCCAACUCCGAGUGCCAAGCCACGUCCGGCGGAGCUCGCUGCUCCUGCCUACCCCAGUAUCACGGCACCCCGCCCUUCUGUCGACCGGAGUGCGUGAACAGCGCCGAUUGUCCGGCGGACAAGGCGUGCCGAAACUACAAGUGCAUUGAUCCCUGCCCUGGCAGCUGUGGUCACUCAGCUCUCUGUCGUGUGGUGGCCCACAGUCCUGUGUGCUAUUGUCCCGAAGGCUAUGUGGGCAAUGCCUACAGCCUUUGCACCCGACCCGAGCCGAGUCCACCUGCCGUGGUGAUCCUGCCUUGCAAUCCCAAUCCCUGUGGCGUAAACGCAUUCUGUCAGCCGCACAACGACUUGAGCGUGUGCCAAUGCCUGCCGGGUUACUAUGGCAAUCCAUCUGAGAUUUGCCGACCCGAAUGCACCGUCAACUCGGACUGUCCAAGCCACAGGGCUUGCAUGAGCGAGAAGUGUCGCGAUCCUUGUCCCGGUGCUUGUGGUCUUAAUGCCCUCUGUCAGGUUAUUAACCACAGCCCAGUUUGCGAGUGCCACGCGGGCUAUGUGGGCAAUCCCUAUCACAGCUGUCGCAUUCCGCAGCGUGAACCCCCUGCACCGGAAUACGUGAACCCCUGUCAGCCAUCGCCAUGCGGUGCCAAUUCCCAGUGUCGCGAGUCACAGGGACAGGCUAUCUGCUCCUGCCUGCCGGAGUUUGUGGGCACACCGCCCUCGUGUCGUCCGGAAUGUGUGAUCAGCGCCGAGUGUCCGGCGGAUAGGGCGUGCAUUAACCAGAAGUGCCAGGACCCUUGUCCUGGAGCAUGUGGCUUGAAUGCCCAGUGCCAUGUACUCAAUCACAGUCCGCUGUGCUCGUGUCAGCCCGGUUUCACCGGAGAUGCUCUGACCCGCUGUCUGCCAGUACCGCCUCCACAGCCACCGAAAUCCAAUGAUAUCCGCGAUCCUUGCGUACCAUCACCUUGUGGACCCUACUCUCAAUGCCGGGUGGUUAAUGGCGGAGCUAGUUGCAGCUGCCUUCCCAAUUAUGUGGGAGCGGCUCCCAAUUGCCGUCCGGAAUGUACCAUCAAUGCGGAGUGUCCCAGUAAUCUGGCCUGCAUCAACGAGAAGUGUCGCGAUCCAUGUCCUGGAGCCUGUGGCUUUGCUGCUCAGUGCAGUGUCAUCAACCAUACGCCCAGUUGUUCGUGUCCCUCUGGUUACACUGGAGAUCCGUUCACCAGCUGCCGAGUUCUGCCGCCACCACUGCCCCCGAAGACUCCCUCCGAUCCCUGCCAGCCUUCGCCCUGCGGAGCCAAUGCUCUGUGCAACAAUGGCCAGUGCUCUUGCCUGCCAGAGUAUCAUGGUGAUCCCUACACUGGAUGCCGUCCCGAAUGUGUUUUGAACUCGGAUUGUCCCAGGAAUAGGGCGUGUGUCAACCAGAAGUGCGUCGAUCCUUGUCCAGGCCACUGUGGCCUCAAUGCUCUUUGCGAUGCCGUCAACCACAUUGCCAUGUGUCACUGCCCCGAGCGGAUGACGGGCAAUGCGUUCGUCUCCUGCCAGCCAAUUCGCGAUGAUCCACCACCAACGACACCUAAUCCAUGCCACCCAUCGCCGUGCGGAGCAAAUGCCCAGUGCCUAGAGAGGAAUGGCAACGCCAUCUGUUCUUGCCUAGCCGGAUACUUCGGUCAGCCGCCCAACUGCCGAUUGGAGUGCUACUCCAGCUCCGAUUGCUCCCAAGUGCACACCUGCAUUAACAACAAGUGUGUGGACCCGUGCCCGGGCAAGUGUGGUCUGAAUGCAGUGUGUCAGGCGAUCCAGCACAGAGCCCAUUGCGAGUGCAUCCCGCGAUACACAGGAAAUGCCUUUGUGCGGUGCAACCCUAUUCCAGUUCCCAUAAAACCAGAACCAGUGCGCGAUCCUUGCCAACCCUCACCCUGUGGUCCCAACUCGCAGUGCACGAAUGUCAACGGCCAAGCGGAGUGCCGCUGUCUCCAGGAGUUCCAGGGCACCCCGCCCAACUGCCGCCCAGAGUGUGUUAGCCACGAUGAGUGUGCCAACACACUGGCCUGCAUGAACCAGAAGUGCCGCGAUCCCUGUCCCGGAAGCUGUGGCCAAAGUGCCCAGUGUACGGUCAGCCUUCACAUACCGAACUGUCAGUGCCCCGUGGGCAUGACUGGUGAUCCAUUCCGAAUUUGCCUGCCCAAACCACGUGACGAACCAAAGCCACCACCAACUCCCAAGAAUCCAUGCUAUCCUUCACCCUGCGGUACCAAUGCCGUGUGCCGCGUUCAAGGCGAGAACUACGUCUGCGAGUGCAGCCAACUGGAGUACAUCGGCAAUCCCUACGAGGGUUGUCGCCCCGAAUGUGUGGGCAACUCCGAGUGCCCGGCCAAUCAGGCUUGCAUCCGCAGCAAGUGCCAGGAUCCGUGUCCAGGAGUUUGUGGACUCGAGGCCAUUUGCACCAUGAACAACCACAUACCGAUCUGCUCCUGCCCGCCGGGCUACACAGGCAAUGCGUUUGCCCAGUGCACCCGUCAGCUAACGCCACCUCCUCCAUCGGACCCUUGCUAUCCGUCCCCGUGUGGACCCAAUUCGAUUUGCAGAAUUCAGAACGAGAAGUCUGUGUGCGAGUGCCUGCCCGGAUUCUUCGGAAAUCCGCUGGCCCAGGGAUGUCGCCCUGAAUGCACCCUCAGUUCGGACUGCGCCAAGGAUCGGGCUUGCAUCAACUCCAAGUGCGUGGAUGCCUGCGUGGGAGAGUGUGGAUUUGGAGCUGUUUGCCAAACGAUCAACCACAGUCCGGUGUGUAGCUGCCCUGCCAACAUGGUGGGCAAUCCGUUCGUCCAGUGCGAGGAACCACGCCAGGCUGAACCUAUCGAUCCCUGCCAGCCUUCGCCGUGCCGAAGCAAUGGAAUCUGUCGUGUUUACAAUGGUGCUGCCACCUGCAGUUAUCCGGAGUGCGUGAUCAACGAGGAUUGUUCCCGGGAUAGGGCGUGCGUUAGCCAAAAGUGCCGUGACCCUUGCCUGAAUGCCUGUGGCAUCAAUGCCAUCUGUCGGUCCAUCAACCACAAGGCUGUUUGCAGUUGCCCACCAGAGUUCUACGGAUCUCCGUACGCUCAGUGUGUCAGGCAGAUACCGGAGCCAGAGCCCAAACCGGAAUGCAUCAGUGACGGUGAUUGCACCAAUGACAAGGCCUGCAUCAACCAAGUUUGCCGCAAUCCUUGCGAGCAAUCGAACAUCUGCGCCCCACAGGCGCGUUGCCAUGUCCAGCUCCACCGGCCAUUGUGCGUCUGCAAUGAGGGAUAUACUGGAAACGCCUUGCAAAACUGCUACCUUCUGGGCUGCCGAUCGGAUGGUGAAUGUGCGGCCAAUGAGGCUUGUGUUAACCAGCAGUGCGUGGAUCCUUGUGGUUUCACACAGUGCGGAACGGGAGCCAUUUGUCGGGCUGACUUUAACCACCGAGCUAGGUGCCAUUGCCUGGACGGAUACCGCGGCAAUCCUCUGGUGCGUUGCGAGCGUCCAGAGUGCCGAUCCGAUGACGAAUGUGCCUUCCACCUGGCCUGCCGCAAUGAGCGCUGCGAAGACCCAUGCAACUGCGGCAUUGGAGCCCAGUGCCGCGUGGAGAACCAUCGUGCCCAGUGCCGUUGUCCAGCUGGCUUCAGUGGCAACCCGGCCGUGAGAUGUGAUCUUGUGCCAACACAGCCGGAGGGCUGCACCAUGGAUGCGGAGUGUCCCAGCAAACUGGCCUGCUUUGGCGGCGAGUGCAAGAACCCGUGCGAUGUCACGCAUCCGUGUGGCGCCAAUGCCAUCUGCGAAGUGGUCGACACACUGCCUCUGCGCACCAUGAUGUGCAGCUGCUUACCUGGCUAUGUGGGUGAAGCCGACAUUGGAUGUCACAAAGAACCCCCGCGUGAUCAGGGCUGUACGUCACAUGAUCAGUGCCAGGAUACGGAAGCCUGCCGUGGCGGAAACUGUGUCAAUCCCUGCCUGGAUGCCUCGCCUUGUGCUCGAAGCGCCCAGUGUUUGGCCCAGCAGCAUCGCGCCAUUUGCAGCUGUCCUGAGAGGACUCUAGGAGAUCCAUUCACCAACUGCUAUGAGCCACCUGAAAUCAAGACUGGCUGCACCCACGAUUCGGAAUGCCCGCCGACCACGGCCUGCAUCAAUAAACGCUGCCAGGAUCCUUGUGCCGAGGCCAAUCCUUGUGCCGGAAAUGCCGAGUGUCGCGUGCAGAACUCCCGACCAAUUUGCUUCUGUCCAGCUGGUUGGGGUGGUGACCCACAAGUUCAAUGCUACAAACCUGAAUGCAAGAUCAACGCCGACUGUCCAUAUGACAAGACCUGCUUGAACGAAAACUGCGUGGAUCCAUGCACUCAUGGCCAAGUGCGUUGCGGCAACGGGGCCCAGUGCCUGGCUCAGAACCACCAGGCUGUGUGUAUCUGUCCAACCGGAACUCAAGGAAAUCCCUUCAUCUCCUGCAUCACUGGACACUGCCAGUACAACGAGGAUUGUGCGGACCACGAAGCCUGCGAUCGAUUGAAUCGCGUUUGCCGACCCGUUUGCGAUCAGGAGACCUGUGCCCUAAACGCCAUCUGUGUGGGUCGUCGCCAUCAGCCUCAGUGCGAGUGCCGACCCGGAUACCAGGGCAAUCCACAUGUGCAGUGCGAUAUACCAGUGAAGACGCCCAAGCCUCAGUGCAUCCAGGAUGCCGACUGUCCAUCAAAAUUGGCUUGCAUAAAUGAGCGCUGCGCAGAUCCUUGCGCCAUGCCUCAUGUUUGUACUCCGCAGCAGACUUGUACGGUCUUGGAUACCCUUCCAAAGCGAGCCAUGGCAUGUAAGUGCCCCGGCGAUACAGUGACGGAUAUCUCACGCAACUGCGUGCCCAUCAAUGUACCCAAGGUCAUAACCGGCUGUCAGCACAACUCUGAGUGCGGCAAUACCGAGGUCUGCUCGAAUGGAAACUGCCUAGAUGCCUGCCGACUGGAGAGAUGUGGCGUCAAUGCCCAGUGUACAGCUCGGGAUCACUAUGCUCAGUGCAACUGCCCUAAGGGCUACCAAGGCAAUCCACGCAUCGAAUGCUACACCACGGAAGUUGAUUUACCACGAAUCCCCCAUCCUGUCUGCUCCCGCAACGACGACUGUCCCAGGGAUCAGAUUUGUCGCAACGAGAUUUGCGUCAGUCCGUGCGCCGCCGAUGACUGUGGAAUUGGAGCCUACUGCCAUGUGCAGCAGCGAAAGGCCAUCUGCCGCUGUCCACCUGGUUACUCCGGUAACCCACAAGACCGCUGCCUGCCACCUUCCGAUGUGAUCCUGGUGGGCUGCAAGUCUAGCACCGACUGUCCCUCGAACGAGGCCUGCAUCAACACCCAGUGCGCCAGCCCUUGCAACUGUGGACCCAAUGCCGAGUGCACGGUGAAGAACCACCAUCCGAUCUGCUACUGCAAGCCUGGAUUCUCCGGAAAUGCCCAGUUUGGAUGUGCACCCAUUGGCUGCCAGUCGGAUGACGAGUGCAGCGGUGACAAGCAGUGUGUGAACCGCGAGUGCAUCAAUCCCUGCCUGGCCAGCGAUCCGUGUGCCCUUAAUGCCGAGUGUUAUGGACGUAACCAUCGCGCCAAUUGCCGCUGUCCCGUGGGAUUGGAGGGUGAUCCGUUUGUGCGUUGCUUGCGCUUGGAAUGCCACUCGGACUAUGACUGCGCAUCGAACCUGGCUUGUGUAUCGAACGAAUGUGUUAGCCCAUGUGGUCAACGUAAUCCUUGCGCCCAGAAUGCCAUUUGCCAGGCUCUGCAGCAUCGUGCUGUUUGCCGUUGUCCGGAUCAGUUGCCAUUGGGCAACCCGUAUGCUUAUUGUGAACCCAGACCUGUGGAGCCCGUCUGCCGGGAUGAUGGAGAUUGCCCAAGUAAGCUGGCCUGCAUCGAUGACAAGUGUCAAAAUCCAUGCGCUGUACUCUCACCAUGCCACCAAACUGCUCAGUGCAGUGUCCUAAACAGCAUUCCAGUGAGAACAAUGGUUUGCGAGUGUGCAGAGAAUGAGGUGCCCGAUGCCAGUGGAGCGUGCCGCAAGAUGGUGCCGCCCAGGCAACCAGGAUGCGAGAGCGACCAGGACUGUCCCGACCAAGAGGCCUGCAUUCACGCGCAGUGCCGCAAUCCAUGCAACUGUGGAACCAACGCCGUCUGUCAAGUGACCCAACAUCGCGCCGUGUGCAGUUGCCAGGAUGGAUUUGAGGGUAAUCCCUAUGCCUCCUGUCGCUCCAUUGGAUGCCGCGUGGACGGUGAGUGCGAUUCGGGCAAGGCCUGCGUCAACGGUGACUGCAUCAACCCAUGCCUGAUCAACGAUCCAUGUGGACCCAACGCCGAGUGCUAUGUGCAAUCGAACCGUGCCCAGUGCCGCUGCCUGAGUGGCUACAGAGGAAAUCCCUACGAGCGUUGUCGUGUCAUUGGCUGCAGCAGCAACAACGACUGCCCCACGGACAAGACCUGCCAGAACGAACAGUGCGUGAAUCCCUGCGUCUACCACAACCCAUGUGCCCCGAGAGCGGAGUGCAGAGCUCAAAACCAUCUGGCCGUGUGCCGCUGUCCUGCCGAUUUCUUGGGUAAUCCAUACGUGGACUGCCGACCGCCGCCACAGCCCAUCUGCCAGUUGGAUACCGAUUGUCCAGCUCGCCAGGCCUGCAUCAACGAACAGUGUGUGGAUCCAUGCGUUGUAUUGGAACCUUGCCAACGUCCUGCCAUCUGCGAGGUAACUCCUACAUCACCGGUGCGUACGAUGCUCUGCAUCUGUCCGGAUGGCUAUGUCAGCAGAGGUAGUGGAGGCUGCAAGCCCACGCCCGGAAUCAAGGAGGUUGGAGGUUGCAUCUCGGACUCAGAUUGCCCGGCAGAUAAGUCCUGCUUGAACAGCGUGUGCCGAGAUCCUUGCAACUGUGGCUUGAAUGCCGAAUGCCGUAUUAAGGACCAUAAGCCCGUAUGCACGUGUCGCCAAGGAUUCGAAGGUAACCCAGAGUUUGAGUGCUCCAAGAUCGAGUGUAGUAUCAACUCAGACUGCCCGGGAACACACGUGUGCCGCAACCAGCUCUGCAUCCCUGCCUGCCAGGGUGAGCAGUGUGGAUCCAAUGCCCAGUGCUUGGCUAUCGAACAUCGUGCGGUUUGCGAGUGCAUCCCAGGACAUGGUGGAAACGCCAGGAUUGCUUGCACUCCAUUGGGAUGUCGCUCAGACGACGAAUGUCCCACGGACAAGGCGUGCGUCAACGGCAAAUGUAAUGAUCCUUGUACAACAACUGCUAUAUGUGCCCAGGACGAGCUUUGCAAGGUGUAUCACCACCGACCACAGUGCGCCUGUCCACCAGGAACUGUGCCCGGAAAGAACGGCUGCGAAUCAGAGCGACACAUUCCAAUUUGCAUAAGCGAUGCGGACUGUCCCAGCCAGAAAGCAUGCCUGCGCGGAGAGUGUGUGAAUCCUUGCAAUGCCACCCAACCAUGCGGAGUCAAUGCCUUCUGCAGUGUACGCGAUACCUUGCCUGUCAGGACAAUGAUCUGUGAGUGCCUUGAAGGCUACACUGGCAACCCAGCCGUGCAGUGCGACAAGCGCUCGCUGUGCGUCAUCGAGAAGGGCUUCGUUCGGGAUGUGGAUGGACAAUGUGUUUGCCCACCUGGAACCGCUUUGGAUAUAUACGAAUACUGCACCCCAUGCCGAGAGGAGCAAGGCUUCCGCAUCGACGAGAGUGGACAUUGUGUGUGCGCCUUGGAGCGCGGAAUGGUGAUCGACGAACGCGGCCGUUGCACUUGUCCCAUUGAUCUGGGCUACCGACUGACUCCACGUGGCGAAUGCCAGCCGGAGGAGCCGCCAGAGUGCACAAGCAAUGAUCAGUGCGCCGACAACCGUUUCUGCAACCUAGACACCAAGACCUGUGAGGAUCCCUGCCUAACCAAGGUGUGCGGAGUGAAUGCCUUCUGUAACGCGGUGAACCACCGAGCCCAGUGCCAGUGCAUCACCGGCUACACAGGCAAUCCGGAGCUACACUGCAACCACACUAACUUCCGCACCGACUUCCCACGACCCGAUAUGGUCGUCAGUUGUCUUGCCGAUGGAGUUCAAGUAGAGAUCCACAUCACGGAGCCAGGAUUCAAUGGAGUGUUGUACGUUAAGGGACACAGCAAGGACGAGGAGUGCCGACGGGUAGUCAACCUGGCUGGCGAGACUGUUCCUCGUACCGAGAUCUUCCGCGUCCACUUCGGUAGCUGCGGCAUGCAGGCAGUGAAGGAUGUGGCCAGCUUCGUGCUGGUCAUUCAGAAACAUCCCAAGCUGGUCACCUACAAGGCCCAGGCCUACAACAUCAAGUGUGUCUACCAGACUGGCGAGAAGAAUGUCACCCUAGGAUUCAACGUAUCCAUGCUGACGACUGCCGGCACAAUUGCCAACACAGGACCGCCGCCGAUCUGCCAGAUGCGCAUCAUCACCAACGAAGGUGAAGAGAUCAACUCGGCCGAGAUCGGCGACAAUCUCAAGCUGCAAGUGGAUGUGGAACCAGCCACCAUUUAUGGAGGCUUUGCCCGCUCUUGUAUUGCCAAAACCAUGGAGGACAACGUGCAGAACGAGUAUCUGGUCACGGAUGAGAAUGGCUGUGCCACGGAUACCAGUAUCUUUGGCAACUGGGAGUACAACCCAGACACGAACAGCCUGCUGGCCAGUUUCAAUGCCUUCAAAUUCCCAUCGAGCGAUAACAUCCGCUUCCAGUGCAACAUACGAGUCUGCUUUGGACGCUGUCAACCCGUCAAUUGUGGUGGCUACAACGCCUUCGGGCGACGUCGCCGCUCCAUUGCGGACAACUCCACCGAUGCGACCGCCAUUGCCACGAAUUCGGGUGUGGAGGGUCAACUGCGCGAAGAGAUCACAAUCUCGUCAAAUGCCAUUUUGACAUUUGAGAAGCGCAGCGGUCAAGGUCUCAAUGAUGCCAACAUUAAACCGGCGGCUCAAAGGGUUGAGGAUAUCUGCGUGUCUAUGGUGGGUCUGAUCAUUGCGCUGGUCAUCACGGCUCUGCUGGCUCUUGUGGCCGUUGCCGUGGCCGUUUCCUGCUGGCUGAUGGCCUACAGGAGGAGGCCCAAGACCAUUGCGCCCCUGCCCCAUCCCCCAGAGUUCCCCAACCCGCUGUUCUCCAAUCCGGACGCAGUGCCCGAGCCAACGCCGGACUACAUCUCCUAAACGUAACGUAACCAUACACUGAUACACAACACCUAGCUAUAUCUUUAGUAUGUAAGAAAAUCGAAUGAAUAUGAAAAAGAAAACUUUGUGAAUAUUUGAAAGGCAAGUGCAAAAGGUUAUGAAUAAUGCAAAAAAAAUCAAAUCGCGAAAGAUAAUCAAGAUUGAAGAUUGAAGAAAAGAAAAACAAAAGUACAGUUGUGAGCUGAAAGUAUAGCCGGCUGAGAGUUGGCCGUAAAACGAAACUAUGAAAGAUUGAAUUAUUGUAAAAAGCAAAAAAGACGAAGCGAGAAUCGCAUGAAGAAUGCACGAAAGUAAUUUAGUAGCUUAAGAAAAUAAUUUUAUUAAUUGUAAUAACGAUUAGUAUUCUCCUUCCUACUAACAUGAGAAUUCCGCGUAGUGUUUGUACGUUUAGCUGCCACAUAAAGAGAGACCACCAACUGCCAAAAACAGAUGUGAGGGAAUUCACCCAUAGAGAGUGCAGCUACAAACGAAUUCUCGUCCUCUAACGACAACUUCUUCAUUAGUCGCGAACCAAUAUUAAUUCUGUUAUAUAUGUAUAACUAAAGACUUCCUAUAAAUAUUUAGGGUGUGGGUAGUAGCAACGACACUUUGUAUUAUAGCACAGACACACGCACACACAACUGCAACUACUUCCUGUAAUUUAGAUACCAACUCAACUCGCCCGUUAAAAUUGAAAACUGCCUUUGAUUUCCAACAAGAAAAAACGAACAAUGCACCCCAGAAUACUCUCUAGCAUAAUAUAUGUAGGAGAUCGUUGGGCCUCGGUCGAUAAGAUACUAUUCCGCGUCAAUCAUCCAUAACCACUGGACAAUAUGUCAACGAUUGUCCCAGUUGGAUUGUAGGCAAGCUCAAGAGUCCAAAACACACACACACACACAAACCUCGAAGAAAUCAGAGCACUCUAAGCAGCUUAUGGACGUGGGAACAGUUUCAUCUGGAUCUAGGCAGCAACUCGUUGAGGGAACAUAACUAUAACUGCCACUGAGGCGUCAUCAGCGCACAAAAGAUACUUAUCUAUUGCAUAGGAAAUACUAGGUUUGUUUUAAUUUUAAUCGCAACACCGACUAAUGGAGGAUUUGAUUUUGACUACUGUAGCUCGACCACUUACUUGUACUACACUCUACUAUGAUUAACCAUUAUUUUUGUAGUUUUAUAGUCAAUUAAUAUUAAAUUGUUGUGAUUGUUUUUAAUGCAAAAGAGAUACUUCCACUAACUUACUAAUAUGUAGACACAAAAGUACACAUCGUACUUAAAAAGGCAACGAACCAGCGCCCCUGCCCGUGUCCCGCCCCCCUUUCCAUUUUCCAUCGGGAACAGCACGCCUCUGUCAACGCGCCGGAAACUAUGCAGCGAAUUUCCGUUUCCGGCGCCCGUUUCACAGAGCAUGUCUUUUCACGAUGCGAUGAUUGCUGGUGGGAUGGCGGGUUCGCAGGGCGAGGCCUGGAUAAUUAAAUUAUUAAACAUGAAGUUUUAAAUUAAUAUUAUUAAACGUAAACAAAAUGUAUAGUCACUACUUUAAGAGGAAAGAGAAUUUUCUUUAUAGUAAAAUACCAUACAAAAUAAACUCGCACUCAGACACGUACACAAAGAGACAGAAUUUGUAAAUAAUACACAGGCAAACUCUAUGGUAUUUUUAGUAGCGCAUUAUUGUGUAUAGGUUUCUGCCCCUUGACUCCCAAAUCCGAACUCAAUCACAGGCUAACCCUAACCCAUGCCAGGCAUAAAAUUAUUUUCUUAAUUCCAUAGCCCAUAGAAUGUACAAGCAAGUGCACAAAUUUGCAACCACCUCGUUCACAAUUACCACACACUUUUAUUUUUCUUCACAAGAACCGCUUCAAAAUCGGAACCUAAAUAGAGUUACAUUGAACAUAGACAAAACUUUUUGCACUGGCAGCAAAUAUAAAAGACGAAAUAAUAAGAAAUAAGAAAGGCUCUUAUUGUAAAAAGAAAGCAAUAGUUAAAUUGUACUUAUAACGAGAAACGAACAUAAUUGUAAUCGCUUAUUGUAAACUAAUAAAUAAAUAAAUAAAUAUAAAACAACAAUUAA